GCACAAUUAUGAGAAAGAGCCGCCAGGCCGCUCCUGCCGCUGCCGCCGCCGCCGCUGUUGCUGCCUUCGCCGCCGCUGCCGCUGCCGCCGCCCUCCGCUCUGGAUCCCCAGCCGGAGCCUCCUACCCCGAGCCUUCGCCGCUGCUCCGGCCGCCCCCUCAGGCGCGACUCCCCGCGGGCCCAGUUCGGAGCGCCCACCUCGCGCGGCGGCGGCCUUCUCUCCUUCUCCUUCUUCUUCUUCCCGCCCGGCCCCGCGCAGCAGCCGCCGCCGAGCUCAGCGCCGAUAGAUGGAGACAGGCCCCGCCACCGCCGAAGCCGAACCACGAGCAGGAGCAGGAGCCGACGCCGCCCGGCGUGAGGAGAGCCAGAGCCGCCGGCGCCGAGACCCCGUUGCCCGACCCUGAGGAGAAUGGUGAGGGUGGGGGAGAAGAAAGGGAAGCGAAAUGGGGGCCGCAGGGGGGGGGGGCUGGGUCUCUCUCUGUCUCUUGCCUGGAGCUGAGGAGAGUUUCCCCCGAGGAGGGCGCCAUAGCCGUCCUUCCCGGCCAUGCGAGGCGGCUUGUGGCUGGGAGUCGGGCUUAGCCCUGGAACCUGCCCCUUCGUGGCUCCAAUAAAUCUGCCGGGAGCCCUUGGAAGGAGCGAGAUGGGGGUCGCCGCGCAAGCAGGUGGCUUGGGGCCGGGGCAAAAGGCUUCAGGGCCCCUGCGCCACGUUCCUCCUCUUAGAAAGCGGACGAUCCGUGGCGCUCACGGCACUUUUAACAUGAGUAACGGUAGCAGAGAGAGAGAGAAGAAAUUAUGGGUUCCUGCCCCGAGGAGCAUACAGAAGAAAGCAGGGGUAGCGUGGUGCUCUCCAGAUGUUCUUGGACGUCAGCCCCUGCCUCCAUGGCUAGUGAUCGAGGUGAUGGUGGGAAUUGUAGUUUAGAAUAUUAUUUUCGUUGGCUGGAUGGUGCCAAAGGGUGUGAAUGGAAAGCACUUAGGGCCCUUAAGGAAAUCCUCAAACACCUCCCUGAUCCUACCGCAAUGAUGGGAAUUGUAGUUUAGAAUAUUAUUUUCGUUGGCUGGCUGGUGGCAGAGUUUAUGAAUGGAAGGCACUUAGGGCCCUUAAGGAAAUCCACAAAUGCCUCCCCAAUCCUACCACAAUCUCAGACAAAUCCUGCACCCCAAGGCUUCAGAAAACAGUAGCAAAGGGACAUAACAAAAGGUAACAAGGCUGGGGAUUCUUCUCCCCCCCCCCCCAAAUAGUGCAAAAGGAUAGGUUGGUCUAUCGUGCCCAUUAGGCAUGAUAGCCUUGGUUGGGUUCAGAGGCAGAAUGCCAUUAAAUGCCAGUUACUGACCACUCUCAGCCAAACCUACCUCACAGGGUUGUUGUGAAGUUAAAAUGGGGAGGAGGAGGAGGAAGAAGAAAAACAUUGUGUUAAAAAAAAAGUUGGUUACUGAGAGGCAAGGGCAGGAGAGUUAGACUUCUUUGGCUUGUCGCUUGGAAUGAGAUGCUGGACAAGAAGGACCUUUGGUCUGACCUGACAGAGAGUCUCUUAUGUUAACAAGUCCCUCCCCUCUUAAAAAAACAUUUGAUUUUCAAACUGAACGCUUCCCACAUGAAGAAGAUCUGCAUAGCAUAUUGAGCCAUGGGCGUGGGCAGGAGGGGCAGCUGUCCCCCCUCAAGUAAAUAAAUAAAAAUAUUUGACUAAAAGUAGAAAUUGUAGAAAGAUUUUAACAGAUUUUUCUGAGCACUUAGGGUCAAAAGAAAGUAAUUUAAAACAGCUGUUGUUCAGACAUUUCAUUCUGAAUAUGCUAGACAGAGCUAGACAGAGGGUGUUGACAGGUGGAUGUCCCACCCCCCUAACAUAAAUCCUUGCAACAUCCAGGCUAUUGUUACUCCUGGGGUUUUCGUUUGUUUUUUAGUUACCGGUAAGCAGUUCCUGGAAGUGACACCUUACUACAGUAUUUCCAUAGGAUGUGACUCCUAUGGUGUCUUAAUAAAUCAGAAAGAGGCUAGCAUGCAGCCUUUUUUGUAAUGCCCAUAGAUAACUAUCACAAAACUAUGCAAAGCAGAUAAGCUUUAUCUCACUUCACCAUCACUAUGCCUGCCAAUCCCACAGUCUACCCAUUCAGAUGCCUCUAGCAAUGUAAGGUAGCUAAUUUGAUAUGGGGAAGGGGAAAGGAGGCCACUGGGCAGGACUUCUUAAAUAUUGUGUACUGCAGCCCCCUCCCCCCUCGCAGACAGUAGACCACCUUUGCUGUUUGCAUGUAAUGCUCUUUGAUAUAUCAAGAUAACAAUUUAAGGUACCAUAUAAAGCAGGGGUGUGGAAUGAGAUAUUGUUGGAACCCAACACCCAUUAACAAUAGCCAGCGUUGCCAAAAUCUGAAGGUUCCCCACCCUUGACAUAAGGGAUGGGGAGAAUGAUAAGCAGCAUCUUACAGCUGCCCAUAGACACACUCUUAGUUCUGCAGAAGUCAAACCUGUAGACACGAUACCCAUUAUUUCCUCAACGAAGUGUUCUCUAUCUCCCUGGCUUCCAUAUUACUCCAGACAGCAGUGACAUACUGAUCCUCUUACCCCCACAACUUCCUACCAUGUACAGAGAGUCAUUAAAAACAUCUCUUCUGCCACUUCCGCUCCCUUUCACAUGUCUGCAGCUGGGCUUCAGCAGGUGUGCAUAAAGUGGGAGUGUGGGAGUUGGGUGGAUUCUUUGGCAUCCCUUUUUCCUGGCGCCUGUGAUGGCUGUAUCCACAACAGUUUGGGGGGGGGGAACAGGCACGUUUUGAAAAACAAGGCCACCCAGAUUCGAACACACACCUAGUUGUACAUCACAGCUCAAAUUGGGAUUUCUUGCAAAUCUUAAUGCACCACAAAAUUGUGCAUUUGGAAUAGUCUUGAAUAGCAUCUGUGGAUACUGGACAGCUCUUGGAGAUUCAUAAAAAUUGAUCACCCAGCUUUUGUAGGGUGCCUAACUAGGCCCCUUCACUUAUCAUCCCAUCACUGGAGCUAGUACAGUCUUAAGGUCCUAAGAUCAGCUCUUCAUGUGCCAAAAUAUGUUUCAAAUGCUACGCUAUGUCUUGAAACAAGUUUUGUAAGAGCAGAGGCUAGGGUGUGAAUGGCCACACAACCUCUGGCUUAGACUAUCAUUUUACUCAUGUGGCCUUGCUUCCCUAACAUUAAAGGAUGACUUUCAAACAACAUGGAAACGAGCAGUGGUAGACUAAAUGCUAACUCUAGGUCUUACCCCACAGCUUUUACUAGGCAUGGGCUUUAAACAGGCAAAAAAAACCCCAUUAAACAGUGUGUGGUUGAGAUUGAACAUCAGUCAGAUCUAGCCUGAUUCCCAGAUUUCAUCAUUAGUGAAACCAGUAGGUAUCUCACCACCUCAAUGGCAUAUUUAACUAAUUUGAAAUACCAAAACAGUGAAGAGCGUUCACUCUGGCUCAUUGCCAGGCUCUCCCUUCAGCCAUCCAGGAAGGCCAUUUUAGGAAGACGCCUUAUGAGGUGAGAAAAUGCCCCUGCAGCUCUGAGCACAUAGAAACAAUUGAACAUGUUUUUAUCCAGUAUUACACAAACAUACGUGCUAGGUUUAUCCUGCCGAUAAUACACAAAUUUCCAGGACACAUAGGACAAUUCCAUAUCUCCUUACUGCUCCCAAGAUAUAAAUCCUGAUAUAACAUAUUCAGUUGCCAGAUAUUGUUCUGCUAUGAUUGACAUACGUCAGGCAGCAGGUCUAAAACUGAAGGUUUGAUUUACAUGUUUUACAUGUUUUUAUCUUAUGCUGGUCUACUGUAACUGAGAGUAUGAGUACGUGCUGCCCUAUUGCCUAUCUAGCAUGUUUUGUUUAUGUAUGGAGGUGCUUUUAUCUUAUGCUGGUCUAUGACCAUAAUAAAAAUUUGGAUUGGAUAUCUGUGACAACAGCUCCAAGCUUAUGCUGAAGUGGUGUUUCUGUCCAGGCAGAUUGGCUGUGAAUAUAAUGCUUCAUGCUUUAAGCAAAACAUUUAAGCAAUUACUAGCAAUAUUUUGUAAAUACCUAUUCUCAGUUGAGCUUGAAAGGAAAUUUGGAGGGUUCGUUCACUCCUUGGUAAGUUCAGGCCUCUUUUUAUACUUUCCUAGGACUUGUUUACACAGUUAAGGUUUAGAGGUAGUUGGACUGCCUCAGGAUUGUCAGCAGAAAGGGCAUUUCAGCCGAGUAACCUUUCUGUCAGGUCAUUCAUAGGUCAUUGUGCUUCUCUCUGAAGCUAUCACUCCCCCACUAGAAAAAAACAAUCUGUCUGUUGCUUUCAUGAUCACUAACCCUAAGAGGAAAGAGAAAUGAAAUGAAGAGUCCUUGAUGUUGCCAGGGGUGGUUUACUCUCUUCAGUCUCUGAUUUACCCCUUGAGUGUAAAUGUUUAUACAUGUUUAUGGGAAACUUAAUUCAAUAGGCCUUACUCCCAAAUCAUGGCGAUUGCACUGCAGCCUGGAAUAAAUGAAUAAUUUUAAGUAAGGGAGGUUUCUCCAGAUUAAGUGACCAUGCAAAUAGGAGUUGCAAAUUAUUACUCUCCUUAAUUCAGAUUUCUGGUUAUGUUAAAUGAUCAUGUGUUAACUUGGAUAGCUCUGUUGGUAAAGAAUGAGACUCUUAAUCUCAGGGUCGUGGGAUUGAGCCCCAUGUUGGACAAAAAGAUUCCUGCAUUACAGGUGGUUGGACUAGAUGAUCCCUGUGAUCCCUUUCAACAAUUCUAUGAUUCUAUGAUAAUCAAGAAGCAUUUUGAAAACGGUUUGUUUUCAUUCUAUUUAGGUGAGUUUAUUUAAAUGUAUGCUAAGACAUGUGAUACAAAACGUACCUUUAAGCUAUGUAAAUAUUAAUUAUGUCUUUCUAUUGCCAGUAGCUCAAGAAAACAACAAUCCUAGAACUAGAAAUCAUAUUCUUAUAGAUGUCUGCUGCAGUCAUAUGUGACCUGUAGUAGGUAGUGGAUUGUUUAAUUUUAAUUAGGUACUUCAGUAAUAAAACUGGCAAAUUGAAAAUAUUGUUUGAGGUGACUUUAAAAUGUUACAUUUUAUUUACAUUUAUUUAUUUAUCUGUGGAAAUUGAAUUUCUUGGGUGUGUUUCUUUAAGAAUUUCAGAAAAAUGAAUCUUGGUUUUUACUGUGCAGAUACUAAGAUUAGUUACUUGUAUUGUGUCAACUAUCUGUCAGAGUCAGUACAACUGUUACAUAAUGCUUCUUUAAGUUUUUGAUGCAUAUCUUGUUCUGAUUCUCAAAACAGUUACAAACUUACUGUUCUAUUUUUAGAGUUUUACAGUCUCUAGUAUAGGCAGCAACUGUUUUAAGUGCAUUCAAUAUGUGCGCAACUGCACGCACACACAUUGCGCCAAAUCUGGAAGUGACCCCAAAACGGGGUGGGGCGGCCUUAUGGGGGUCCCCCCAAGAUACGUGGGGGUCUGGAACGUAACCCCCGUGCAAAUCAGUCACUGCCUGUAGUUGAUUUUUUGUUCUCUGUUCUCAUGUUAUUGGAAACAAUUUAAAAAAUAACCUGUUUGUGCUCUGUGUAGACAAUUGCUGCUGGUACAGUCUGAUAAAGACUGCGCAGCAGACAGCUUUAACUGUAACUCAUUUCAGCUCUUCCUAGUUUACAUCAGAUAUACUGCACUCUGCUAGGCCUAUUUCAUGUUGUGGAAAGAAAUAAGUUAUGAGAAAAGUGCAGAUUCCUAAAACAAACAUAAAUGGUUGUUUGGUUUAAAGCAAACCAAACGGUGUUCCUUGGAGUAGUUACACUUUUAAGUUAUAACUAAGCUGAUACUGUAGUUUCUUUGUUUGUUUUAAAAGGCAUCAGCAGACUUGAUGAUUGCAGUUUGCAUAAAAUAUCUAUGUUUCUAUUAAGUUUGUAUUGCAUGAAUGGGUUGUGUUUGCACUGAGUAGACGUCAAUCCAGGGAGCUGCAAAACCCAUAGUAAGCAGUCCGCGACUAUCUUAAGAGCAUGCACGUUUCUUCAGUGUGAUUACAAGUGUUUAACUUGUAAGUGAGAAUUGGACUGAAGCCACUUUUUACAGUUUGUUUAUAAGUUGCUAUACUUGGCAAAUAACAUGUUCCCCUGUUUCCUUAAUAGUAUUGGGGACAAUGCAAAAGAGAGAGAGAGAGACAACACCUGACGGGCCCCCCCUAAAUACAGUCAUGGGGAAAAGAAAUUCUUUGAAUUCUGUGAUUUUACAUAUGAGAACAUAAUAACAAUCACCUGUUCCUUAACAGGUCUUAAAAUUAGGUAAAUACAACCUGACAUAUGACACCGUGUCAUGAUUUAUUUAACAGAAAUAAAGCUGAAAUGGAGAAGGCAUGUGUGAAAAAGCAACUACACCUUGUGAUUCAGUAGCUUGUAGAACCACCUUUAGCAGCAAUAACUUGAAGUAAUCAUUUCCCGUAUGAUUUUCAGUCUCUCACAUAGUUGUGGAGGAAUUGUGGCCUACUCUUCUUUAUAGAGUUGCUUCAGUUCGUUGAAGUUUGCUGGCUGUUUAUGCACAGCUCUCUUAAGGUCCCGCUACAGCAUUUCAAUUGGGUUGAGGUUUGGACUUUGACUAAGCCAUUGCAACACCUUGACUAUUUUCUUUUUUAGCAACUCUGUCAUAGAUUUGCUGCUGUGCUUGGGAUCAUUGUCCUGUUGCAUAAUCCAAUUUCAGCCAAGCUUUAGCUGUCAGGUGGAUGGCCCCACAUUUGCCCCUAGAAUACUUUGGUAUACAGAAGAGUUAAUGGUCGACCCAAUGACUGAAAGGUUCCUAGGUCCUGUGGCUGCAAAACAAGCCCAAAUAAUCACCAUCAUGCUUAAUAGUUGGUAUGAGGUGUUUGUUUGUGCUGAUAAGCUGUGUUUGGUUUUCACCAAACAUGGUAAUGUGCAUUAUGGCCAGCAUCUCCACUUUGGUCUUGUCUGUUCAAAGGACAGAAGUAUUGUGGUUUGUUCAAAUGCAGUUUUGCAAACCUAAGUCAUGCUGCCAUGUUCUUUUUAGAGAGAAGAGGCUUUCUCCUGGCAACCCUUCCAAACAAACUACACUUGUUCCAUCUUUUUCUAAUUGUACUGUCAUGAACUUUAACAUUCCACAUCCUAACUGAGAUGUAGCUCUUGGGUUUCUUGCAAUUUCUCUGAACAUUGCACGGUCUGACCUUGGGGUGAAUUUGCUGGGAUGUCCACUCCCGGGAAGAUUGGCAACUGUCUUGAAUGCUUUCCAUUUUGAAUAAUCUUCCUUACUGUAGAAUGAUGAACUUUAAAUUGGUUGGAGAUGACCUUAUAACCCUUCCCAUGGUUUCAUGGAUAGCAACACUUGCUUAUCUAAGAGCAUUGCUGCUGUCUUUCCUCCUUGGCAUUGUGUUAAAACACACCUGAAAGCUCCAGACCAGCAAACUGGUAAAAUUUCAGCUUUUAUAGAGGUGGACACACUUGCUGAUGAUCAAUUAAGCAAGGGCAUUUGAUUAGCUGUACCUGUCUGCUACUUAGUCACUUAAUUCUUAUGGAAGCAGUAAGGGGGUGUACUUAGUUUUUCACCCAUGGCUUCCCCAUUUUGGUUUUAUUUUUGUUAAAUAAAUCAUGACACGGUGUAAUAAGUCAUGCAUUGUUAUUCAUCUGAGGUCAUAUAGGUGUUUCCGUGCACUGCUCUGGUUUGCCAGAAGCGGCUUAGUCAUGCUGGCCGCAGGACCCAGAAACUGUACGCUGGCUCCCUCGGCCAAUAAUGCGAGAUGAGCGCCACAACCCCAGAGUCGGUCACGACUGGACCUAAUUGGUUAGGGGUCCCUUUACCUUUACCUUUUAAGACCUGCUAGGGAACAAAUUACUAUUAUGCCCUCAUAUGUAAAACUAUAGAAUUCAAAGAGGGUGUGCUUUCUUUUUCCCAUGACAAUAGAUACAACCUGAAGAAGAGUUUUAUGCAGUUCAAAUGUUUCUUAUAAAAUUUUCAGAUGACUUGACUUUGGGAGCGAUGGCUAACACUAUUGAAAACAGAAUCUAGAUGAAAAACCAUUUUGACAUACUGAAACACUGGGCCAAAAACCAACAUGAUGAAAUUCAACAGGAAUAAAUGUUAAAUAUUGCAUUUUGGUACCAAACAAAUCAAUAAGUUAAUUAAAGGGAAAAGUACAGGAUGAGAGACGCCUGCUUCAUAACAGUACAUGUGAAUAGGAUCUAGGUCUCUUAGCUGAUCACAAACUAACCAUUAGCCAGUAGAGUUAUAUGACUGCAAAAAGAGCGAAUGCAGUCUUGAAGGUAAAGGGUAAAGGGACCCCUGACUGUUAAGUCCAGUCGUGAAUGACUCUGGGGUUGUGGUGCUCAUCUUGCUUUACUGGCCGAGGGAGCCAGUGUUUGUCUGCAGACAGCUUCUGGGACAUGUGGCCAGUAUGACUAAGCUGCUUCUGGCGAACCAGAGUAGCGCACGGAAACGCUGUUUACCUUGCCACCAGAACGGUACCUAUUUAUCUACUUGCACUUUGACGUGCUUUCGAACUGCUAGGUUGGCAGGAGCUGGGACUGAGCAACGGGAGCUCAUCUCAUUGCGGGGAUUCGAACCACCGACCUUCUGAUUGGCAAGCCCUAGGCUCUGUGGUUUCGGUUACAUUAUUAGAAGCAUUGUGUCCAGAUCACAAGAAGUAAUAUUUUCAACUUUUACCAUUUUAUGUGCUGGUCAAGCUGCAUCUGAAGUCUAUGCUUCUGGGAGCCAUCUUUUAAGAAUGACACUGGCAAAUCAGAAUGUGUCAAGAGGAGGAUGACCUGGAUACUGAAGGGUCUGGAAACCAAGUCCUAUGAGCAACUGUUGAAAGAGUUGGAUAUGCUUAGCCUGGAGGAGAGAGGGUUGUCUGAAGGGUUGCCAUUCAGAAGUUGAAGCUGGCUUGGUCUGUGUUGCUCAAGCAGCCUUCUUAAUUAUUGGGUCCCAUAUAUUGUUGGACCAACUCUCAUUAUCCCUUAUAUUUGUCUAAGUUGGUUGUGGAUAAUGGGAGUUGUAGUCGGACAACAAAUAGGGACCUAAGGUUGAAGAACUCUGUUCUAUAGGUCAGGACUAGAAUUAGUAGGUUGAAAUUACAAGGAAGAUUUCAAUUAAACAUGGAAGCUUCCAAAUGAUAAGAGCUACUUGGCAGUGGAUAUUUCUGGCUUGGGAGGUGGUGGGUUCUCCUUUUUCGGAGGGCAGUAGCAGAGGUUGAAUGGCCAUCUUUCAUCAGUGUUAGGAACUCAGAUAUACUGUAUGAGCUAAUAGCCAAAUGGCACCUUAAACCUUGGUUACAGUUGCCAUAACAGAAUAUCUAGGUGCCACACACCCCCAGUGAUGAUUUGUUGUUGGUUUAAUUUCUAUACCACUUUAUAUUUUACAGAAAAAAAAUUCAAAAGUGGUUUGUAAUACAUUAAUAUAUUUUUAUUGUAAACACCAAAUUAAACAUGUAUUAACAGUUUCUGCUAAAAAUGUGUCACUUACAUGAAUUGCCUACUAAUUCAUGCUUCUCAAAAUAAUAUAUAAAAAGUGUUGCUGACCCUCCCCAGAGGCAACUAGACAUUUUGUUUUGGUGCCCACAACCCAGGUCCCAGAAGCCAUUUGGCUCCUAGCUUUUCUAUCCCAGUUUCUAUCACUGUUCACUGGGUGACUUUGGGCCAGUCACAGCCUCUUAACUUACCUCACAUGGUUGUUGUAGGAAUUCCUUGAAGAGGGGGGAGAACCAUGUACUCUUUGGAAAAAAAGGUGGGGCAUCAAUGCAGUAAAUGAGCUCUCCUGCUUACCUGCUUAAGAAAGCUGGAUGAGCCAUCCAGAUGGAGAUAUCGCUUGCCAACCUGGCAUCCAGAGUUUUCCACGUGGUUGAAAUUGGACCCAUGCCAGUUGCAAAAUUUUCCUGGUGCCUGAGGAAUUUUGAACACUGUCUCUUAGGGAUGCUGUAAUUGUAUACUGCAUUGUAGAUCCUUUAUUGACCACCAGAUGGUCUUUAGGGCCCCUUCCAACUCAAAUUCUCCUAUAUAACACUGCGAACUUUGUUUGAUCUUAAUAAAACUGGUAUUUUUCACUCCCUUUGAUUCUCCCCCUCCCUCCAUGGACCAAUGUAGAUACCUUCUUUUUAUCAGGGAGAUGCUGAAUGUUAAUCAGAAUUCUUUUUCAAGAGCAGUUGUAUGCAGUGGCAAGAGUUAAGGAAGUUUAAAUAUUUUGUUUAUGUGAAACAGAGUGAGUGGUAUUGAUUAGCUAGUGUGAAGUGCUGUUUUGCAAACUUUUCCUUCCAAACAACAGUUCUGUGGGUAGGGCAGUAUUAUUUCCUUUGUCCCUCAGAUAGGGGCAGUGAGAUGGUGCUAUGUUCACAGUCACCCUUCGGUGGUUUUGAUUCAACAGAGAUUAGAACCUACCUCCUGGUCUGCAUGUGUUAUUCUGUCCAUUAGAUCAUACUUGCUGUCUGUAUUUGAUCUACCAAACUAUAUCUGCUUGUUGUUGUUUUUUGGUGGGGGGGAGUCAUUUCUAACUACUUUGGCUUUAGCAUAUGCAUUUUGCUUUGGCUUAAUGGAACUAAUAUUUGGCCUGAUGAAGACAUUUAAUAAUGAAAGCAGGCAGUGAAAUUGACUCAUUGCAGAUUAAGUAACAAUCAUCACUUAACAACUUCUUCUUGAAAGAGGCUUGAGCUAAGGAGUAGAUGUUAGGUUAAAAGUAAAGUUGUGGGUAGCACAUUUUAAGAAACCUGUUGCAUGUUUCUAGUCUAGAACAAUUAAACUUUAGUAUUGCAUUUGAACAGUUUUGUCUGUCACUGUUUGGAUUUGAAACUGCUUUCUUAUUCUGAAAACAAGUCUCUGCAGGUUUCCUAAAGUCCUUUUACUUAGCCCUCUUUGUGGGGUGUAGGGAAUCAAGCUAUAAAAAUUGAGCUAUGUCACCUUAGUAAAUUCACUAAGAGCUUAACUGCAGAGCGUAACAAUCCACUUUGGAAUAACCAAACAGAUUCAAAUGUAGAAAUGGCAAACGGUUCCUGAAUUGUAUCACUUACUAGUGUGUUGUUCAUUGGGUGGGGUACUGAAUGUUGAAAUGUUGAAAUGCUCUGCAUUACAAAACAAAGAACACUACGUGCUCAUGGAUAGCUGUAUACCAGGAAAAAGAAUUGGCCCCAGCAAAAUGUUUUGAAUGAUGUGAGUAGAAACUAAUAUUUGUUGCUCUCCUCCUUCCUUUACAAUUGCUGAGCUACUGUACACUGUCUUCUCCCUCCUUCCAUACUUCUCCCUCCCCCAUACUUGUAUAUCACAGUGUUGGGGGCAAGAAGUGCAGCAUUUCUAGUUUAUUUUUUCAUAGACUUGUUGCUGUUGUUUAGUCAUUUAGUCGUGUCCGACUCUUUGUGACCCCAUGGACCAGAGCACGCCAGGCACUCCUGUCUUCCACUGCCUGCCGCAGUUUGGUCAGACUCAUGCUGGUAGCUUCGAGAACACUGUCCAACCAUCUCGUCCUCUGUAGUCCCCUUCUCCUUGUGCCCUCAAUCGUUCCCAACAUCAGGUCUUUUCCAGGGAGUCUUCUCUUCUAUAAGCAUUCUUUAGGAAGCCAAACCCCCUUCCACCCUCCCUAAUUUCCCCCUGUGCCAGGAUGUGUCUGCGCUAGUGGAAGUUCACACUAUUUGUUUCCCACAUAAACUGCUUCAACUGUGUUACCUAUUUAUAAUUGCACAAAUUACCAAUUUUUUCAGAAAUUUAUUAAAAAAAAUAAAUUCCAAGGUUGUCAGAAGUCCUUGAACUUGCCCUUAAAAGGAGAUGAACUAAUUAUUUCUUCCUUUCUUCUCAAGCUGGGUUAUCAAGUUCACUCCACUGUUUCUCAGAACUUAUUCGGAAGGUUUCUGUAAUUGACUCAGCACCACACCUUAACUAGGUAAGAUUAUACCCAAAGAAUUUGACCUAGGCACUUCCUGCAACAACUUUCAUACCCAAAAUAAGUUUAACCCAGAGUAAUUUUUAACCCAAAGUUUAAUAUUAGGUUUCGUUUUAUCAUAAUUCAUAAAUAAUACAAAAAUCAUACAUAUUUUUGGCUGCAUUCCCUCUUCCAUGCAGUUGGGCAAUUUCUAACAGGAAUAUUACUGGACUGCUGCCUACACUAUCAGUGUCUGUCAGUGCUUUGUGUCAUUAGUUUUUCACUUAAAAGUGCUCCGUGAUAGCAGUUUCUAAUUUAUUUCUUCAAGCAGUAAAUUUUGACUAAAAUAAGUGUUUCUUUUCUUUGAGUCACACAAAUUGCUCUCUUUUAAGGAAUAAUGUGUUGUGCCUAGAAUGUAUGCAAAUUCUAGAGGAUGUGGGUGAGCUCCGGCAUGAAGACAUGCCGGUAUCAGUUAUGCUGGAUGCGCUGAUCUAUCUUCCUUUGUUCAUGCUUUCCUUUUUUCACGAUGAUCUCCAUACCUGUUAUAGGUAACUCUAAUAAUAUUUAACUUCAUGGUAAAUUAGUUGAUUUAUGAAUGAAUAGGAUAUCAUUUUAAUGGUGAUUACUGUUUUACCUCUUCUAUAUGUUGAUAUAUUGUACAAAACAGACAGUCCAUCCGGUCACACUAGCAUUAUCCUGUCAUAGGGAGCUUCUGGACUUUUUUCCUGAGUUCAUGUAUACCCAUGCAUACUUUGUGUCAGGACAAGGCCCAGUCUUGACUCAAGACAUUCUGCUACUAGAAGCAUAAAAUUGGCGCCCCCUUCCUCAUUACACAUACAAAAGCCAACUCAACUGGCAGUGGAUCUUACUGAUGACUUGAUAUCUUCUGGGAUUGCUUGGAAAUGUCGCCUUUCACUCCCCUUGCAUUUGUUGUCAUAAAAAUAUGGGGGGGGGAUGGCUGGCUCAUGUCAUUCACUUGAUUGGACUGAUUUGCCAUGGACUACCGUAUUUUUCUAUGUAUAAGACGAUGCUUUUUGCUAAAAAAAAAUUAGGCAAAAAUUGAGUGUCGACUUAUACACGGAUAGUGAAUGCAGAGGGGGGACGUGCGAUUAAUUGGCAGCAGUGAUUGGGCAGGUGAUUGGUGGCUGUGGCAAGGCCUGCUGGCAAUUGGUGGCUGUGAUGAGGCGGGCUGUGGCAAGUGGACGGGUGGGCUGUUGGUGGUGGUGAGUGGGCAGACAAUUGGCAGCUGCGUCGAGGUGUGUGAUCGGCAGUGGCUGUGGCAUGUGAUCAGCAGUAGCAAGCAGGCAGGUGAGUGAUUGGCAGAAGUGACCUCCGUCCCCCAAGCUAGACAACUUAAUUUCUUAAUUUUGGGUUAAAAAAAAAAGGGGGCAUCUUGUGCAUGGAAAAAUACGGUAAUUGUUGAUGCUGGCAUCUGUCUGUCACAGGAGACAAUGGAAGAGUUCACCUUUGGGGGUAAAGGCAAUCUGUUGGACAGUUACAGCACCUGCUGUGGCUGUAGAGACUGAUAUGGGAGAGAUAGUUAAUUGCAGGUGGGUCAGAUGAAGGUGUCUGGUUUUACUGCUACAUUUGCAGACAUCUUUGUAAGACAGAGUUAGUCUGCCAACAGGCCAAGUGCCUGAUAGCAGUUUUGCAAGCCAGUUGACUUUUGCUGAGGAGUCCUAUUUGAAGUGAUCAUGCAUACUCCUUUAUUCAAGCUUUGUACUUUGGCUUUAAAAAGUGCUUUUGUGAACUAUUUAGUUUACUUUGCAUUUGUUUUUGGUGUUUGCCUUUGGCAUCUAAUCCUGUGCUAUAUUUCUGUUGUUAAUAAAAUAAUUUAGUUAAUAAUCUGAUUUUAGCCUGGAACAAAGCCCUUCUAAGUCUUAAAGUGGUACCUCGGGUUAAGUACUUAAUUCGUUCCGGAGGUCCAUUCAUAACCUGAAACUGUUCUUAACCUGAAGCACCACUUUAGCUAAUGGGGCCUCCUACUGCUGCCGCGCCACCGGAGCACGAUAUCUCUUCUCAUCCUGAAGCAAAGUUCUUGACCCGAGGUACUAUUUCUGGGUUAGCGGAGUCUGUAUCCUAAAGCAUAUGUAACCUGAGGUACAUGGCACUAUGUGUCAGGAAGGUUUGUGCAUCCCUUCCUGGCUUUAACAUUAGGGGCUAGUAGUUGUGAAAUACUACAGAAUAGAGUUUGGCUUAUACUUGGUUUAUCUAAUCCUACACUUUGUAAGUAACCUAUAGCCCAGAGUUUGAGUGUGGAUGCCUCUGUUUCUGUCACAACUUUAGUAUCUCUACUUAGGCCUAUAUUGAAUAGGUCAUGUUCUUCUGCAUUUAAUUAUUCUGUAUGUCCUCCCAAUUCACAAUUGAAUGCUCCUGCCCACUCCACCCCCAAGCAAACAUUAAUAUUAUAUGGUCCCUUUAAAUUGGUCAUGACUUUGUGUUCACUGGUUGCCUUGUGAAACCAGUCUUUGGUGUAAUCUCAUGUAUUUCCUUAAAGUGACUACAGUGGUACCUCAGGUUAAGUACUUAAUUCGUUCCGGAGGUCCGUUCUUAACCUGAAGUACCACUUUAGCUAAUGGGGCCUCCUGCUGCCGCCGCACAGUUCUGUUCUUAUCCUGAAGCAAAGUUCUUAACCUGAAGCACUAUUUCUGGGUUAGCGGAGUCUGUAACCUGAAGCGUAUGUAACCCGACGUACCACUGUAUUACUAAACUCCUGUCCUAACAUGGAAAAUUUCAUAUUUGAGUAUUGUAGCCUUUGCUGUUGCUUCAUUGUAUGCAACACUCUUCCCUCUCAUUUCUAAAAAGCAUCUGCUGGGAUUGAUUUUUCAUUUCACAUCAGUUCUGGAAUUUCCCAAUUUUCUUUUCCUAGUGAAUCUUUCUAGUGAGCUCACAAUUUGCAUUUCCUCAAGUGCAAACUAAUGACAUCUCAGUUGAAAUCAUUGGGAUUUUUGAAGAGCCCUGCUAGAUCAGGCUGACGGUCCACUAUCCGGGUUUACACAGUGGUGUGGGAAGCCUGUGUGGCACCCAUGACAGACCCUCAACAUUCCAAAUAUUCCCACCAGCGCCUAAAGUUAAAGGUCUGUUGUCUCUAUUGUCCUAUGCUAAUCUCAUCAUAUUGCUGCUCAAAAGUUUAUUCUUGCCUAGUAACUUCACCCCUUUUAGCUUUAAUCACCUGUGUUUACCCCACUAUUUUUGUAAUGACAUCUUCCAAAGUUUGGGGGGGUGGAGGAAUCUAAAUAGCAGUCCAUAAAGUCUUCACGUAUCCUCUUGGAAAGUCAGCUGUGCUUUUCUACUUCAAGAAACUGACACAUGAUGAUUGUCCAGUAGGUGGCUGAAUUCAUGUUUAGUUCACAUUUUGUACUAUUCCAACCAAGAAAGUACUUUUCUUAUCUAACAUGUUUAUAUUGGGAAAUGUGCAGUUUUGUAGUAAUUGACUUCAAAGUAAACAUGCUUCAUAUUGUACUACUAGACUGUAAUCCUAAGCAUGUUUAUCUGGAAGUAAGUUCUGUUGAAUUGUAUGCAGUUUUCUUCUGAGUAAAUACGCAAAGAAUAAGGCUGAAAAUUGUAUAAUAUGCACACUGUAUAUCAUACAAUACUAUAUAACAUGAUAUAUAUGUGGGUGGGUGUGACCACAGAGAGACUAUAAUUACAAAUGUGUGCUAAUGUGAAAACAACUUUUAAAAACACUUUGGAGGACUUUCAAAAGAGCCAGUGCAGUUAGUCAAGCUAUUUUAGUCUGGCUGGUAAUUUACUAGGAAAAAUAUCACAUACUUUUCACCUACCUUGUAGCCUAAGGGUAGAGUUUCAUGGUAUUUUAUCAUCCUCAUUGCCUGUUUUUAUUCUGGCACUGUGAAGCUAACAAUAAAAACAAAGCCAGAAUAAAAAUAUCAUAUACAUUUUGUAUUGGUUGUGGCAGCAGAACAGGAUAUCUCUCUAUCUAUCUAUCUAUCUAUGAAUAUAUACGUGAAUUACACUCAAUUUGAGAAAGUCAUUGUCAGGUCUUAGUAAUACAGGUCAGAUCUGCCUCCUCAUCCACAAUCAAGUCAUGGUUGAGCGAGGUCUUACUCCGAGCCAGCUGGGUAUUCAGCAGCAACAUCCACAGACAGGAGAGCUGGCUGAUAGGCCAACCUCAAUUCCCCAGGUUGGAGGAGGGGUUGGCACACAGCACAGUCACCAACUGCUUGUGCCAUGUGCCCCUUACUUGGCCUGCCCCACCUCACACCUCCCCCUACUCUGAACCACUGUGUUUGCCCCCGCCAACUGCUCUCCCCAUUUCUCCUCUUCCUAGGCAUGUCCCACAAAAACUGAACUUAAAAACAUACAUAUGCAUAUAUCUAUACAUACAUAUUCAGUCAUUUGCACCAACUGUUUCGUUCUGUCUCUAAUGUAGACACACAUUCUCUCACUGUAACCACUCACUCAUUGCAAUCAGGCUUGGAAAAGCCCAUAGGAAGCUUUUCCAGAGCUAAUUACAGCUCAGGGGCACGGGACAAGGAGGAGAGACUUUAGGCUUGAAUGGGAGACCCCCAUGGGCCAUAUCAGGCUGUCAGUUCCGUAUCCAUGAUAUUUUCUAAACGAGGCAUUGCCAGGAAUAAAAAACCUCAGGUCACAGGCCCAUCACCCUAAUUUGCAUCUAUUUGAAUAUGCUAAUUUGUGGGCCUGGAUUCAAAUUUAGGCAAACUUUCAGAGGGAGAAAACAGUUUUUCUGAGAGUUUUGAGGUAUGGUACUAGCAGGAUUUUCUGGACCCGGUGUGCUGUAUGUGGAUUGUAGCCCCCCAAUCUGUUUGCAAGAACUGAUGCUUAAGUACAUAUUAAAAGUAACUCUUAACUCUUUCCGACACAGUCCUUUCUUGCCCAAGCUGUCUGUUGUGUGUACUUAAAGUCCUCUGUUAUCCACGCUUGAUAUGCGGCAACUACAGAUCAACAGAACUGGAAAGCAGGAAAAUGCCCUAUGUGCAGAGUUGAUAAUUCAAGCAAGUUAGACAAGUUACACAUGCAUAUUAUAUAACUGAGCAAUCAAACAUGCAAAAAGCUUCCCAGAAAAAUCCUACCAUUUCGGAGAUGGGAACAUAACACUUAAGCCUGAGAGAUGAGUAAUGUAAAAAUUAAAAAAUCCACACCUCACUUUUUGAAUUCCAUAUGGUGGUGACAAACAUCAGGGUAAUGCUAUUAUCUUUGUAUCACACAUGUAAAUUUCCCAUAUAGGGCAGCUGGAUGCUCUUUUAUCUGGCCCAUUUCUCAAAUGAGUUCAGGGUAGUGUUCAUGUCCCCCCCUCCACCCCCAUGCUCAUUUUGUCAACUUUGUUAAAACCCAAGGGGUGAAACUACCUGACCCAUGAUCGCUCACUAAGUUUCAUGGCCCCACAGUAAGCUUCACCAUCACCACUGUGCUGCCCUCCCCAUCUCUACAGUCACUCAACUUCCUCACACAUCCCCAUGGCUUAACAAGUAUGGGCUGAGAGGGCCCCCCCCCACUUCACUUACAGAGCAGAUGGCGCUGCUGGGAAAAUUAAGAUGUUUCUUAAUAAAGGGCAGGAGAUCCGGGCUCUUGGGGCUCAAGCCUUUUGGGCUCCCCACUAGCAGUGGGUUGCAUCCAGCUAAGUACUAUAGAGAGUAAGCUUAUUGGAAUAAACCGAAGUUAGUCAUGUUCAUCAAUUUCAGUGGAUCUUCUCUGAGUAGGACUAAUGUUGUGUUGAAAAGUGCGUUUUACAAAUGUGAUACUAGAUGGUGAUGGUGAACUAUGGCAAAUUCAAUAUAUAUUCCAAAAUGUUUUUUUAAAAAGCAUUUUCACAACUUUUUUUAUAUGCGUCUAGCCACUCUCCUGUUUGUUGUAUGUAAGAGCUUAGCAGACAACAGUUGAAGCUGUCUGGAGAUGGGAAAGAAAUGUAGUGACCCUUGCUUUCAAAUUUGAUACCUGCCAAGAUAUAUGGUGUGGUAUGGUAGGGUAUGGUAAUCUGGGAAAUGUGCAGAAAUGUUUGAAGUUUCUUUUGCUGUCCAUUUAGCUGGAUGAUAAGUCUGUCUUGGUACAGGUGAUAUAGAAUGAUAGUUAAAAAGGUAUUUGCCCAAACAGAGUUACUUCUGCUGCCUUGUGUCUUCAGCAAAUGAACAUAUAGCUUUGUGUGAAGCUGAUUUGUUUCAGAUAAACAAGAGUUCACUAAAAUGAAUAUGCUACUUUAAAAAUGCAUGCUUUUUGUUGGUUGCAUAUUCAUUUUAAUUCCUGUGUCAGACAAAAUGAUUCAGAGGUGAGUAGGAAGCAAAGGUAUGACUCAGGCUUUUAAAGCUGGUCAUGGCUCAUUCAGUGAAUCAGGAAGAUUUUAAAACCCCUUUAGGCCUUUGAAAGAGGAUUUGUAUUCUUUGAGAUGGGAAUUCACUACUUGGCAUAGGAAUUUUUACAGUUGCCAUAGCAGUGAGCAAGAGUAAGCAGGAGUAGUAGUAUUUCUAAAACUGACACUAAUGAGGAUUAUUUUACUUGAGAGUAAAUUACAGCUGGUCAAGUCUAGAAUUAAAUAAACAGGAUUAAUGCCGAUGACCUUUUUAUGCUAAAGAAGUAAAGAUAGCCAUGCUGGCCCAUAAGAAAAAUUCCAAAAUUCAUAGUAGGACAAUGGUUGAGAUUCAGUUUAAUGUUGUCAUUGUUGUGCAGGAUAUUUUUGCUGCACAGGCAGUUAGUACAAUCUGAACAGCACUAAACAGUAUGUUCUGCGGCCCAAAGCUGCUCAAUGGAUUUGACUGCUUCUCUGUGUUAAAAAUGUGGUUCCCAUCAGAAGAAUCGCCAUUGUACUAGAGGUCUGCCACAGUUGGAUCGCACCCACUUUUGUUAGGCCAACCAAAAUGUCUCAGAAGUUUUUGCUGUAAUGUUAAUCAAAAGAGUUCUUGAAUGGUAAUAGUUUUCAGGUUUCCAGCAGUUUGCAAAGUUGAUUUUUGGCUCUUGGGUUUUGGGAAGUUAGAGUUUUUAAUUGCUAUAUCUCAGAUACUAUUGUUAAAUGUGUUUUUUUCCAUUUUUAAUUUGUACACCACCUUUCUAUAUUACAAUAUACAAGGUGGUUUACAAGUUGAAGAAAGAACAAAAGAUACAGCCAAGAUCACACACCUUAGAACCUUGGGAUCCAAUACAAAAAAGUUGUAAUAAAAACAUAACUUUAAAAUAAACAACUUAUAUAGAGUAUAAUAUAUCCAUUAGAAUAUGAUAGUACACAAUAAAAUUAGCCCAAAAUAUAACUCAAAAUAAUUAAACAGAAAUGGACUCUUAACAAACAAACAAAAAUAAAUAAUUACUAAACUAUUAUCAAUAAAAAUAACAUCAGGUCACAAUGCAUAAAAUUCCACAGUGCGUACAAAAACAUGUAAAAGGUUCAAAUUGAGGGUGUGGGAGGCGAGGCUCUUUUGCCCUUCACUGCUCUUCAUAAUACCUAAGGUCUGUGGUAGAAAGUAAGCAAGACCCAUAUUUUAUUUACCAGACUGAUUGAAUGAAGGGGUGCUGAUUCACUAGCGGCCAAAAAGAUUGUGAAAAUCUUUAGGAAAAGUUGUAUUUCUGAGGUUUGAGGGCUCAUAACAUCAGCCUUUUUAAGAAUAAGACCAUAAAAAACAAUAUAAUUAGAAAGACAAUGUAAUGCAGAAUAAUGCAACAAACGGUGUUGAAUUAUCGUUAUUCUAUCAAAUGUUACUUCCAAAUAAAAGGAGUUCUACACAGAAAACCAUGAUAACUUUCCACCAUUUCUGUUAGUACUUGGUAUGGAGUUAGUUCAUGUUUUAUUUCAUGGAAAUUAAAAGAAAGAAAGAAAAGAAUUCCAGAAAAAUGUGGUAAGGCAUCAGAUGCAAGCAGUAUUAAUAAAGAUAUGGGACUCUUUAGGAAUUAAGAAUACUAUACAAAUAUGGUAUACUAUAUACUAAUCAGCAGUUUGUUUAUAAAUGAAAGGAUGCAUUAUAAAGCCUAAUAUAUAAAUUAUUUUGUACAGCUGGUAGAAAAAAAGAAGCGCAAGUUAACAGUGGAGACAUUGUGUCUAGUAGUUCAAUUAGUAUUUAUUCUCAUGUGUCUGACAGCAAUUCAAGUAACUAAAGAAGCAUAGUUAUUAACUCCGAUUUUUUAUUCAGUGAAAACAAGUACAGUAUAGUAGCCCUAGGAAUGUCCUUGAACCUGACAUAUUUAAGCUCAAAGUCCAGCUUUGUUAUGAACUCAUAGUAAUAUGUUUUGCUUAUAUGUUGUGUCAUAUUUUUCUCAUCCAAUUUCCAUUCAUAAAAUGAAAAAAAUAUAAAGUACUGCACAGAGGAGUUGUGGUUAAGAGGAGUCUUCCCCUCCGCCCCCAUUGUUGGUUCUUUAUGGUAGGGUGAGGGAGAACAUACAUCAGGCAUAGGCAAACUCGGCCCUCCAGAUGUUUUGGGACUACAACUCCCAUCAUCCCUAGCUAACAGGACCAGUGGCCAGGGGUGAUGGGAACUGUAGUCUCAAAACAUCUGGAGGGCCGAGUUUGCCCAUGCCUGACAUACAUACUAAUAAAAAUAGGAAUUCCCUUGUUUGAACAGUGAGGGAGAAGUACACCCAUUUCCAAUCUGGCCAGACAUAGAUGUGAGGGGUGAGAAGAAUACCCAAACAGGUCCUUGUGUGUAAAUAAAAAGCUUACUGUCAGGAUGGAAUGCUUAAUUGAUACUGUAUCAGUUUUGGAUUAUUAAUUCAUUGUGUACUUUUAGCUAGCUCUUUAUGGGUAAUGGUUCUGGAGUAAACUUGCCAGACCUGCUGUUUCAGCUAACCACAGGAAAUAAUGGGACGGGCCAAUGAAAAUUUUCAGGGGGGCGGGUAUAGUUAUAAAAAUAAACUUAUUAUUGUCAAUUUUGUGAAAAAAGUUUAACUGACAUUCCCCCUGCCUCUUAUUGUGCUUCGGAACGUCUUAGAUCUUACUGUUUGGAGAAGAGCUUUAAAUAUAGCAUGCUGCAUGAGCUGGCUAGCUAGUCCUUCUUUGUCCUGUUUAAGACUUAGUAAUUAUAGAAAUAGGUAACUUUAAAAUUGCAAUGAGCAAGGGAGUGAGACGUCUGUUGGGGUUUGUUGGAGUCUAAAUGUUUAAACAAUUCUAGGAAAAAAUAUAACGUACCUUUAUCCUUCCAUCAUUUUUUGUAUUACAAAAUGAAGCUGUUUUGAAAACAGGACCAAUCUUCAAUACUCCUUCUAAAGGUGUCCAUUUUAGUUUUCGUUUUUAAAUAAAACUGGGAUUUUCUUAGGAAACAUACUUCUAAAAACGUAAGUUAUUCAUGGGAAGCUUGUACAUGCAAUUUUUCAUAAGAUAACCUCUCAAAUAAGAUCUCCUGCAUUAAGGAGUAUCUCAAAAAGAGAAGUAGAUUUUAUAUUAGAGAGUUCUUUUGCAGCUGAAUUUGAAUUAUGAAGCAGCAUUCAUUCAUUCAUUCCUUCAUUCCGUUUGCCAUUGCAGAAUAGGAGUUUAGAAGUAGUGAUUUGAAUUCAGAAAUGGAGGUGCAUAAAUGAAGGAAAUAUCCACUUGCACCAAGACUGGUAUCUCAAAAGUUUGCCAAUUCCUAAUCCUUGCUGUAGCAGCCACCACCAUAUGUUAUGCUGUUCUAUAUGGUCCCAGCCCCAAACCUUUCUAUGUUGCUUUUUGGGGAGGAUGCACAAUGAGGUAGAAGAACUCCAUUCUGUGAGCAGAACUCUUCUCAUGACCAUUGGGACCCAAGCCAAUAAGGCAUAAGUUUAGUUCACAUGUAAUUCUAAGCCAAACCUUAGCUUUAUGGUUAGCUAGGCUUAAUGUGGAUUGGAGUUCCCUAUUAACCAGAAAGCUGGUUCCAGAACUCUGGUUAAAAGCAGUUCAUGUGCCCUGACAUAACCAAGUCAGUUGCUACAGUAGUUUUUACACUGAUAUAUGAUACAUACAUUCUAUUUUCAGAAGAAUAGCUUUCUGGAGAAAGGUGCACUUUGAAUCAGGAGCACAACACACCGGGAGAAAUAUGCCUGAUAAACAUAAUGCAUUCUUGAGGCAUCCUCAUAGGUGUUUUAGGUGUGCCUUUUUAUAUAUUAUUCAGAUCUAGUGGAGAACAAAAGUAACUUGCAAUCAGUGUUGUAAAUUUAUGUAUGGACAGGAAAGCUGGCGGACUAAUUUGUAUGUGUGAACUUGGUGUGCUAUAAUGUCUACCCCAGGUGCACAAUUUCUAAAAUGAGAUUCAUUGGCUGGAAGUGAUGAUAGGAAGAUAAGGAGAGCUAUGCUUGGAAUUUUGGCCUUCCAGCUAUUGCUCUUGUACUGUGAGGUGUUACAGUCAACUAGGCAUGGGUCACAGCUUAGUCCCAUGAUCACCAUGUGCUUGGUUAAUAAAAGUAUUUCUUUCAAGUGAGCAAUUUAUUAUAAAUAGUGGAAAUUUGUGGCUUUAUAGUAAACGCUUAGUAACAGUCUGUUGUAGAGAUCUGUAUAUCACGAUAACUUUUGUAGUUUGUUUUAAAACACUGCAGGCAGAGCUGUUACAUAUUGUCAUGCCAUAGUAAGCUUUAAAUUAAGAAAAUUAACAAAAGAUUGUGUCACACUUGUGUUGCAGUGCUUUGUAUUUUAAAUUUCUGUUUUAGAUGUACUUACUGGUUGGGUUUGGGAUAUAUGUUUUUUGGCUAUAGUACGGGACGCGGGUGGUGCUGUGAGUUAAACCACAGAGCCUAGGACUUGCCGAUCAGAAGGUCGGCUGUUCGAAUCCCCAUGACGGGGUGAGCUCCCGUUGCUCGGUCCCUGCUUCUGCCAACCUAGCAGUUCGAAAGACCGUCAAAGUGCAAGUAGAUAAAUAGGGACCGCUCCAGUGGGAAGGUAAACGGCGUUUCCGUGCGCUGCUCUGGUUCACCAGAAGUGGCUUAGUCAUGCUGGCCACAUGACCCGGAAGCUGUAUGCCGGCUCCCUCAGCCAAUAAAGCGAGAUGAGUACCGCAACCCCAGAGUCGGUCAUGACUGGACCUAAUGGUCAGGGGUCCCUUUACCUUUACCUUUACACAUAGGAAAAAAGUUAAAACAUAAUUUUUAUGUGCAUAUCAUAUUUAUGUGUGUGCUUUCCCUCCAAUAAAUGAGUAAAUAGCUUUAAUAUACUGGGAAUAUUUUCUAGCAUGUUUGGGAUCUGUACAUUCACAUCAUAUUUUUUAAGGUGCAAGUUGGUGUGGAACUGGAGUAAUUUACUGUUGUGUGUCUGAAAUACAGUAUAUGAUUUAGAUUCAGCUGCAAAGUGUCUGCUCAGUCUGUCUCUUUAUGCAAGCCCAAUUUUUAUCCCACAAUGCACCCCUAAACCCUUUUCCCUCUGGGUUUCUGAACAACAACCUCUGAGGUCACAAUCCUGUUAAUUGGCACCAGAAACCAGGGGUGUGUGGGGAGAAAUUGGAAGGAGCUGUUGCAUUCAGAGGAACUGGUGAAUACAGAUGUUGUACUACAGUGCCUUGUAGAUUCUUGAUUGCAGGGUCAAGGAAACCUAAAUUCACAUAAACAUGAUAUUCCCUCAGUGAACUCACAGUCUCCUCCCCAUUGGGAGGAGAAGUAUUGGGAAGGCAGUAUGAGCUUGAGGCCUGAUCCUGUCUUGUCAUGUGUAAAGGUUUGGGUGGGGCUCUGUGUGGAUGGAAAUUAGUGCCUCACCCCUGCUUUGAAUCCGUGGUGAGAAAAGGAAGUCCAGAUAGUGUUUUGUUUCUUUUGCAAUACUUUGGGCCCUUGUUUUCCUGCAAUCACAGCUUCUAUUCAUGGGUUCAGGGGAGUAAUAAGUUCUCUUUUGCGCUUGAUGAAGGGUAGUAUGGGGAUCAGUAAUGCUGGCCACAGUCUUCAAUGGCACUUACCAAGUAAGUACAUCAAAGAUUUACUUACUCAGUGGGAUUUAUUUCUGCAUAAACAUAAUAGGAUUUCACUGACUGCAGGAGGAGAGAGAAACUACUUUGCCCAGUGAUGCCCUUUUGGGUCUUUCUCUUAAGCAUAAUCUGGCUACUGGAAACCUCUUGCAGUUACUUCUGCUUCUGUUACUGAAUUGCCCACUGUUUCGCUACAUGUAGUCAUUGCUGCUCUUCUAACACACAAAAGCAGUGUGCCAUCAUACAACAGUGCUUAAAAUGUGCCACUCAAAUUAGGUGGACUUUGUUACAGAAAGUGGAAAGGGCAAUAGUCUUAUGGGAAUAGCUUCACCUAAAUGCUUCUGGAUCAAACAUCUACUCAGAGUGCACGAUUCAAUUAUUGUCCUACAGCAUGGGUGGGCUCUAGCUGGCUAGCCAGCUAUGACAAAUCUUCAGUUGCUAUUCUUGGCAGCCACUUUAUAGACUCAUUAAGUGUCUACCAUGAUUCAUGAAUAGUGAAUAUUUUGGAAUGGUUGUACAGUUGUACCUCGGGUUAAGUACUUAAUUCGUUUCGGAGGUCCGUACUUAAACUGUUUUCUUAACCUGAAGCACCAAUUUUAGCUAAUGGGGCCUCCUGCUGCUGCCGCGCCGCCGGAGCACGAUUUCUGUUCUCAUCCUGAAGCAAAGUUCUUAACCUGAAGCACUAUUUCUGGGUUAGCAGAGUUUGUAACCUGAAGCGUAUGUAACCCGAGGUACCACUGUAUAUUAAAUAUUCAAACACGGAUCACCAGAACAUAGUACUUUGGUUAAAUAUGGCAGAAUGUGCAUAUUAAUUUUGAUUGAUUCUGAAGAAUCCCAUUUUCUCUUACAGAAGGCUUUUAAAUUUCUAAAAGUUUUGGAGGAGAAUAGAAUACUUGCUUAGAGGGAAAACACCUGAAAACAUUCACUUUAUUCAUAUGUGAUAAUAGGAUGGUACCUGUAAUGCUAUGUUGAAUUAUUUUAAGGGCUGAUCUCAUCCGGCACUUUAGCAGCAUAUAACCUGUCAUCUGCAAAACCUUAAAUUAAAGUGAACUGAGCGGUAUAAGAUUGCUUCUCAAAGGAGACUGCUAGUAGUUGUUCACCAUGAAUUUCUGCAAAGAAAAAAUAAGAUGGACCUUGUAUCUUGAGCAGGUACUUUUUUAAAAAAAUCGCUAACUGGUUUUUAAAAUUUUAACAUUUAAGCUUAAUACAGUUUAAACAAAUAAGGUGCCUUUACAUAGAACAAAAUAAUAAUAAUAAGGGAUGCAGUUUUACAGUUUUAUAGAUCUUUGUUAGCUUAGUUUGAAAUAUCAGAAAUUAUGCUCAGUAUUUAAAUCUACUAUUCUAAAUAAUUUUCUUGAGGAAAAUUAACUACUGUAAUUGUUUUAAGGACUAAUCUUCAAUUGCUGAUCUACCAGAUGUUCUCUACUAUUGUAUUACAUUACCUCUUACUUUAAAUGAAUUGAAGGCACUGAAGUCCAUUUAAUGCUUAUACUUUUGUUUGCCACCUUUGAAUGCUUGAAGUCAGCAGGCAUGUAUCUAUAAAGAUAGUUUGAAAAGUCUUUCUUACCAUUAACACUAUGGUAUAUACUUAUUACUUGUCUUGUAUUACCUAAUUAACAAUAUCUUGCUUUGAAAGUUUGGCAGAAGAGAAAGGAACCUAUCCAAAGCAUAGAUCAAAAAGAAAAGCAUAGAUAUGAAGAAUAAGGUUAUUGAAUAAAACUGCAGUGUUACUGGCUUGAAACCAAUUGUAGCAUUACUUGGGUCCAAAAACAUCUCAUGGAAGACUUGUUUUACAUCUUGUGUUGGAGUAUGGAGGGGCAUGAAACUAAAUCCACAGAUUUUCCUUUGCAUGUGCAAGAGCUUAUAGAAGCAGAAUAAUGAGAACUGUUCUAGAGCUUGCUUAUUAUAAUAUUGGACAAACUCUUAGAAUUCAUUUGGUUGUGCAGCUGUUCAUUAUACACUCUUCAGCGCAAGACUUUCAGGGCAGCUUUUAUCUACCCUGAUGUAAAGUUGAUAAAUUCAAUGAUGCAGAUUAUUAUUAUUAUUAUUAUUAUUAAUUUUAAAUUGCAGUUCAAAACUUAGAGAAAGCUCAGGAGAUUUUAUAUGUGGGUUGGCGUCCACAUGUUUCUCUGUUCAAGGAUUGGUGGCAACUCUAAAAUAGAUAUUUAUGGACCUUAUUCUUUGAUAGAUAUUCCAAAAACUGUUUUUUCGCAUGGUCAUAGCAGCUAAACAGUGUGUGUUUGUUGUCCUUUUGUUUAUUCCAACUCAUAAACAGCUUAAUCAAAACUAUUUGUUUAUACAUUUUAUGGGGGUGUUGUCUAGAGUUAAUGCUGUAAUCUUGUACUCACUCACAUAGGAUAUUGAAAGAGAUUAAUGGAACAUGCAUUUCAUAGAGGAUUUGAAAGCAAAUAAUUUCUUUCUUUCUUUAGACAAAUGUAUAAAUGUGGAAUAAUUUUGAAGUGUUGUCCUUAGCAACUUUAGCACUAGGUUGUUCACAGUAUACCAGUGGGAUGUGUACUGCCCUCUUAUGUCUGUUGUCCUAGUAUUCAUAUUAUGUAUUAUCACUGAAAAGAUUUAGUCUGAAAAUUCAAAAUGAAUAAUAUUUUCAAGAAUACUUACUAAAUAUUUAUUGGAAAGCUGUGCAAUUGCACUUUUCUUUUCUGAAGUAAAGCUUAGCCAUUUAUGUAUAUUAUAAAUCCUUUCCUUGCAGGCAGUGUCCCAAACAAUUCAGUAGACUUCUUCCAAAAUAAAGAAAUCACGCCAGCUUCCUCGUGAAAGCACUCACACCUGGAGGUUCAAUUACUUUAUCACUAGGCUGGGAGAAUCUUUGAUAAACUCAUAUCUCAGUUCUUUGCCUCUCCUCUACAAUGAGAUUGUCCUUUUAUCGUAUUUUUCAUGGAGGAGUCCCUUAUAUCUCACAGCUGUAGUUGUAAAGUUGGUGAGUUCUGUAAUCAAAGCAAGCAGAGCUCUCCUCUCACACUUCUUAUGAAUAAACCCGGCUUCAAAACCUUAUAGCAAUAUAACUCUAUAAGAGAGCAAUGAGUUAAUUAACAUUUUGACUGUACAGGUAUUGCCAUAAAAAACAUGAAAAGGUGGUUUGAUGGGGCUUGAUUUCUGUUAUCCCAAAGACAGGCCUGCAUAAUGGAUAGAAUCUAUGUAUGUUUGAAAAUAUAUUGGAUGGGGGAAAGGGAGUCAGGGAGGCGUUGUUUACUGUUAAACAUGGAUGGUAGAUCCCAUGAGAAAUAGCUCUCUGCAGUACUGUAUAAUAUCUGACAUUGUUUUUGCAUGAUCCUGAAAAUCGCUUGUUUUACAGUCCCAGAAAUCUUGGAUAGAAAAUACUUUCAACAAACGGGAAUGUGUCUACAUUAUACCAAGUUCAAAGGAUCCUCACAGGUAAACUAAAAAUGAUGGAAGCAGAAGGUUUAACUAUGAAGUAUAAAUUAUGUGCUGUGACCAUAAGGACCGUGCUCAGAAAAUGAAUGUUCUACUCUCUUUUCUCCAGUGCAGCCCUCUGCACCUGCCUCAAGUUUCUCCUGAGGAAUUGGUGAAAUCUUGAGCAGAGGAAUCUGCAGAUAAUUUUUGGGAGGUGUAAGGGACUGCAGUGGAAAGAGGACUGGAGGACUUGACCUUCAGUUUGUUCUGAAUUCAGUACAACUUCUGAGUAAAAGUAAAAUUUAGCUUUUAAAGUUUUGUUAUAAUUGAACAGGAGAUAGCUAACAUUUGUUUUUGAUUGUGAAAUAUGUUGAAAUAUAUAUUUUGCAUUCUUUGAAGCCAAAGGACCCUGCACAAGUUUUGCUUUGAUCAAACUGAAACACAUGAAAAAUGUGUUGAUAUCAAGAACAUAAACCGGGGAGCUGUUUUUUUUUUUUUUAAUUGAUAUACAAAUAUAACAAAACUAAGAAAACAACAAUAACAAUACUUCCGACCCACCCUUGUUAAUUUGGGACAUUUCCCAAAUAACAAACCAUUUUGUUUUGUUCAUUUGUAGCACAUAUCCCAUCUGGCAUGAUUAUGCUCAGUUGUCUGCUGCCUCACAUAUAUUUUACUGCUGUGGCUGAUCUCUGUGUUAAGCAGACCUGGGGUUAAACAUAAUUUUUUCAAAAAUGCAUUUCAACACAGUGCAAUUUGAUGUAUCUUCUGAAAGUUCCAUUGAUAUUUUUAACACUGAGCACUGGAUUGCAGCUUCAAACAACUGGAAUCUAGUUAUUCUUUUCCCAGGGUUUAUAAUUAUCUCUGGGCAUUCUUAGUGGCAGCAGUCCCUUCCAAGGGAAAUCAGGCUGUCCCUCUCUUUACCUGCAUUUUGGAAAUGCAUAAAUACUUUUUUGAAAAACAAAACAAAACAGGCUUUUGGCUAAUAGUUUUAUGAAGAUUUUAUGCUGUUGUUUGUAACUUUUCUGCAAUAAGUUAUUGUGCUGCUUUAAAUUGUGGUUUAUUCACUUACAUUAUUGUGAGCUGCCCUGAACUCCCUUUGGGGAAGAAGGGCAGGUUAUAAAUUAAAAAUAAUGAAUAAUUAUAACUAAAAAAGGUAUUAAACAUAUUUUAGAAAUUAUUUUUAAUUUUUUCAUAGCUGUCAAAAGAUCUAAAGUAUUGAGGGAUUUGUCCCAACAGUGAAUUUCUGUAGACAGUAAAAUCUUGCACUUUAUUAUAUGUGCAUCAUAUAUGUAUUCCGUUCUGUGUAACAUUACAAUGAUAUAUCUUGCGUACAACUAUGAGCAGUCAUUUUUCUAUUAUUCUCUAGACCACCUUCGUGCAAACAAAAUUGCCCUCAUAAACAGUUACAGUGCUUUCUUCUUAAGAGGCAUAUCCCAGAAUACAUGAUAGGACAGGAAAUAAUUUGUGGUGUGAAUUUCAGAAAGUACUGUAAUGACAAAUAUAUUAAGAAUAAUCUCGGUCAUAUUUAGUCAUAAAUUGGAUUUAAUAAAAAAUACAAGAAAAAUUCUAACUUACUUUAUUGUAUUCUUAAUCAUAGAUGCCUUCCAGGAUGUCAGAUUUGUCAGCAACUUGUCAGGUAUGAUUAUGUAAGAUGAAGCAAUUAUGUAUCUCUUUUGAAAAUACUGUUUUAAUUAUUUGACUUAAGUAAAACAUCAGAAAGCUGAUGGUUCUGUAAUUUUUUUAGAAAUGACGGGAAGCAAAAGACAAGUAAAAAUGUAAAGAAGAUUUAAUUAAAACAUGGAAGGAUAUGGGUAGACAAGGGAAACUGGAUAUAGGUAGGCCUUUCACCAGUGCUGGUAGUGAAAGGUAUGUUGACCCUUAGUCAUGGCAUUCUAGUUCUUGGGUGUUUUAUAUUUUCUACAUUACUAUUAUAAGUCAUCCUAUAUACCUUUGCUCUGACUUUUCUUAUGUGAACUGCUUAUCAGAUAAUGUCAAAGCCUUCCAGCAACUAAGAAACACACACAAAAAUAUGACCAAACAUUAAGUUUCCCCGUUCUGCCCCUCUCCCCCUGAAACAGAAGAUUAAUGUAUAAGAUUUGCCACAAGCCUAUGUGCAAAGUCAGUGGGUGCCAGUAAUCAGAGUCUUCUUUUGAAUACCAUAUUUUGAUAAAAUUGUCCACAUCAAAUGUGCUGUUCAAGGCAUGCACACUUUUUGUCAGUUUUUCAGAUAAGACAUUUGUCCAUACGUUCUGUUACUGUUUCCAUUGUGUGAAAGCAUGUGAAAAGUGAUGAGUUCCUUGUAAAGUAAAUUGAGUUGAUUUUCUAUUUUUCUAUGCUCUGGCAAUAUUUAAAGGAUUUAAAGACAACUGGUUCAGAAAUUUUGCCAGAAUCGUGCAAAUCAGCCUGGAUAGUUGCUUAAAAAACAACAAGUGCACAAAACUAUUAAUAGGUAUUUUCAUCCUAAAUUGAUGCAUAUCCAGUACUAUGAGAAUGGAUAACAGAUUAUGCAUUUACCUCUUGUGUGUUUCCCCAAUUCUGCAAAUUGUGAUGAUUAUCUGCAGGUGCUGUUGUGGUCGCUUGGUCCGCCAACAUGCUUGCUUUACUGCCAGCCUUGCCAUGAAAUAUUCAGAUGUGAAACUGGGUGAAAAUUUUAAUCAGGAGGUAGAAGAGUGGUCUGUAGAAAAACAUACUGAGCAGAGUUCCACAGAUGCUUAUGGUAUCAUAAACUUUCAAGGAGGCUCUCAUUCGUAUCGAGCUAAGGUCAGUAUCAAAUGUUCCAUAUAUUGCUUAAUGGUAGAGUGGAAUAAUAUUGAAAUGAAUUUACAAGUGAAUAUGAAAACAUUUAUCUAAACAUGAAGGUAGUACCAUGUAAAGAGAUGAGUGAAGUCAAGGUUCCAUAUGACUUAUUUGCACUUUACAUUUUAAAUUUAUGUUUGUGUCCCCCACCCCAAAUUGAAGUAAUUACUACAUUCUAUUAUUGUUAUUGUUAUUAUUAAUAUUAUUAUUACAAUUUUCACACCGCCUUUCAUCCAAACAAAAAUACAUAACAUAAUUUUUAAAUUAAUAAGUUACAGAAAACAAGUUACAGAUAGAUUAUUGAGGUUGCAAAGUUGUUAUAUUGGUCACAUCUUUUAAAACACAAUAAAAAGAGAACAUUUGAGCUACCUGUGCUAUACUGCUUGAUUAUUUUUUAUGGGAAGAUCAAACCAAUUAACACACAAAUAGCUUAUGUUAAUUGGAGUUAAAUAAUAUUGACUAAGACACAAAAUAUUAACAAAGAGGCUAUGGAAUCACCCUUUUGACAAAAUGUUCAAUGCUUUUGCAGUGUUUACAAAUAAAACAAAUCGUGUUGUGAUUAGGUUUUUAAAUAUCAUUAUUGUGGCAUAUUCAGAAUCCUCUGGCAGUUCUCUAAUUCCCAUUAGAAAUUUUCAUGCAUUUGGAAUGACCUGUGAAAUGCCUGUUUACCCUUGCAUAAGUAUGGCUAUAAUUUCCUGAUUGCAUUAUUAAAAAAAGGUUAACCCUUCCCAACUCUUUUUUGUUAGUAUGUGCGGCUGUCAUAUGACACCAGACCUGAAGCCAUCCUACAGCUUAUGCUUAAAGAAUGGCAGAUGGAACUGCCCAAGCUUGUUGUUUCUGUUCAUGGAGGGAUGCAAAAAUUUGAGCUUCAUCCACGCAUCAAACAGUUGCUUGGUAAAGGCCUUAUUAAAGCUGCAGUGACAACAGGAGCCUGGAUUAUAACUGGAGGAGUGAAUACAGGUGAAGUCUUGACUCUAAAUAUACUUUCCACUUCACAUGCACUUGAGACACCUGGAUAUCAUCUCCGUAUGACUAUUUUGAGUCCGUAUGACUAUUUUGAUGUCAAAUUGGCAUCAAUAUGAUUGCAGUCUGCACGGCCAUGGGGACAGCAGGCUUGGAAUCAUCAGGUGUCAUGUUGGAAAUGCCAUACAUCCACAUUGCCAAGAAACUACCCCAUAUUUUCUACCAACUAAAGUAGAGCUGCUUAUGCUACAGAUUCACACAGAAUGAAACUACUGAAGGUGGUACCCAUAAUUGGCUUGGAAACUUGUGCUCCAGCUCAAAAAUGUAGGAGCUGAGAAGGUGCCCUUCAUGACGAUCUGAUUGAUAAUUGAAUUUUGGAUAAGCAAGCUAUGAUGUGACACAUUGGAACUGUUUCAUAAGACAUGUCUUGUUUCAAUCCUGCAAGCUUUUGAACUCGGGCAUUGUUGAGGGUGUAAAAUGCUUACUUUAAGAGUGUGGGUUAUAGAAGCACUUGCACACAUUGACAGAUACGCAUUUUAGGCUCGGUUUCUUUUGGAGAGCCCGUUCAUGUCACCAGGAUUUGUUUGUAAUUAGGAAGGCUCAAAACUUAACUUUAGUGUUUACACAUUUUUACAAGUCUUUCUAUAAUACAGUAAGGUAAAGGUAAAAGGACCCCUGACCUUUAGGUCCAGAUGUGGCCGACUCGGGUUGCGGCACUCAUCUCGCUUUAUUGGCCGAGGGAGCCGGCAUACAGCUUCCGGAUCAUGUGGCCAGCAUGACUAAGCCGCUUCUGGCGAACCAGAGCAGCGCACGGAAAUGCCGUUUACCUUCCCGCCAGAGUGGUACCUAUUUAUCUACUUGCACUUUGAUGUGCUUUCGAACUGCUAGGUUGGCAGGAGCAGGGACCAAGCAAUGGAAGCUCACCCCGUCGUGGGGAUUCGAACCGCUGACCUUCUGAUCGGCAAGUCCUAGGCUCUGUGGUUUAACCCACAGCGCCACCCGCGUCCCUAUAAUACAAUAAACAUCGGUCUUAAAUGUAUUUCAGUGCUAGUGUUAUAGCAUUACUUUGCCUUCUAAAUUGAGCAAAGUGGUUUUUGUUUUUUUGCUAAAGCAUGAUGUGAACUGAGCCAUUGGGUUCUGUAGAUAUUUGCCACCAGUAGAACAUACAUUUAGUAACACUACAAUAUUGUUUGAUCCUGAACAGGAGUUGCAAAGCACGUUGGUGAUGCCCUCAAGGAACAUGCCUCUCGAUCAUCUCGAAAGAUUUGCACUAUUGGAAUAGCUCCUUGGGGAGUAAUUGAAAACAGAAAUGACCUCGUUGGGAGAGAUGUAAGUUUGCCCAUUUAUUAUUGUUGUGCUCUCAACUGUUUAUGAAAAGAAGAAAAUUCCUAAGUACAUUAAGGCUUUGAAGAGAAUUAUUCAAUUCAUGAAGUAAGGUUGUGAUGUGAAUAGGAAACUCUUUUUGUAAAAUGGAUGUCACUUAGCCAUCCCAGAACCAUGUACACGCAGGUCCCGCUUUGUGAACACAUGUUAUGUGAAAACUCAACUACCUAAACAUGAGGAAAUUGUGCCCAAACCUAGCUAUAUAACUGUACAAACAUAUACAAACAGUUGGGUGUGUUCUGAAAGAAUCUCAGUGAAAUUAAAAUAACAGCUUUAAAGAAACUCAUUUAGUCCUCUUUGUUUUUUGCUGGUUGGGGACAGCUAUUUUGGGUGCCAUGUUCCCUGUUCCCUGUCUCCUCAGUUCAGUUCCAGCUGCAUCUCCCUGCCAGCCACGCCAUCUCUUCCCUUCCCUUCUCAGAGCCUCCCCUUAAACUUGUCUUCAGAGAAGCUUCUUGUGAGGGAGCAGCACCAUUCAGCAUCAUAUCUCAAGGCUUAACAGCUGUUAAGUGGAAGGAUCGGAUCCUGCAUGGUGCUCCUUCACGAGCAGCUUCCCUUGUGUGCAGAGAACUGUGAUCUCCCCGUCAGCCAUACCAGCUCUCUGCCUCACCUCUUAAGUUUUUCUGCCUGUGCCUUCCUACCCUGGUGUAGUUCUUACUGUGCUGCUGCUUCAUGAGCAGCUUAUAUGCACACAAGUUAAGGGGAAGAUCUGGUCCUACACACUGUGAGGCAGGGAAAAAAGAAAAGAAAAGAAAGGAGAAGGGGAGAGCUGGGGUGUGGGGUGGCGAAAAUGCUGGGCUGAGGAAAGGAGCCAGAAUGACUGUACACAACCAGCAAAAAACAAGAAGAUGACUAAAUGACUUUCUUUAAAGCUGUUACUGUAUUUUAUUUUUGCUGAGAUCAUUAAGGAAAGUAAUUCUCUCAGAGGUGAGGGGGCGGUUAUGAGCCAUGGAUUUUUUUGUCAUUUCUUCUUGGUCAGGAAAACACUGGGGUUUUCCUUUUAGGAACAAUUGAAAUCAGUGGUUUGCUACGUAAAUGCUCACCUAAUGAACCAAUUCUGGGGAGCAGAUGGGACCUGCAUACAUAGGCAUGUCAGAAUCAAUCCAGUCUACUUAAAAACAACCCUGUCUGGAAACUUCGAAAACCUCAGUCUUUCAAUGAGAUAUUUUAGAGUAAAAACCAUCCUAGCAAUGAUCUUUGGUUGCUUUUUCCUUGCCGUGUGCUUACCUCAUUGUGAUUUUAAAGAAUAAAGAAUCCCAAUUAUGAAUAAGAUUAAUGUGUUGAUACUUCCUGGUAUUACAACUUGCUUUAUAUGGGAAUGAAGCAGAAAUCUGCAGCUGAUGGAUAAACAGAUCGUUGGCAAUUGGCAAAUGAAAAGGGAAUUUUGAAGCCUGCUACAUUUGGGGGGGGGGAGGGAAUCAGGUUUAUAUCCAUGCGAAGGUCUUUUUGUUUUGUUUUAUGUUUAGGUUGUUGCUCCAUAUCAAACCCUGCUGAAUCCUUUGAGCAAACUUAACGUCUUGAAUAAUCUUCAUUCCCAUUUCAUACUGGUGGAUGAUGGGACAGUUGGAAAAUAUGGAGCAGAAGUGAAACUACGAAGAGAACUGGAAAAAACAAUUAACCUGCAAAGGAUCCAUGCACGUAUGUGUGGACCAUGAUUAACUAAUUAUGUGGUGUUGGCCCUUUUUGUUCUAUGUGCAGUGUGGGGGUUGGAACUUAAGCUUGUAAAAAGUUGUCUUGACUUGCAUUAUUUAGGAAGGGAGCUGGGAUUGCAGGUUUCACUGCUUCCCCAUAUAGAAAUUUAACUGCCGCUAGAAAAAUAGCAAGUCAAGGAGUGCUGAUUUUCUCUUUACCGGGGCUUGGAUUAUUAAGGAUAAUUGAAAGAUGCACUCUCCACCCUGCCACUAGAAGUAGUACCUUCCAGGAAAAGCUUUACUACUUCAUUUGAUUCUCCUGGAUGCAUUUUUUUAUUAUUAUGAUUGACUUCCCAUCAUUCUGCAUUGCCACUAUCAUGGUAGUUUAAUGAAAUCUAGAGUAAUCCCAAUAUAACCAAUGGUUAAAAACCAGUUAAAAACAGUAGAAUAAUGUAAGCAUAUAGUAGUAAGAAAAUAAUUUCAACCAAUGUUUAGACUUGGGUAAAUAAAAAUAUAUAUUUGCCUAGUGCUGAAAAAGGCAUAAUAGCACCAGAUGGGACUCCUGAGAAGAAUUCAGGAAUUGGGGGUAAACAUUGAAGGGGAGUAGGUGAUCUUUUAGAAAUCUGAGUUUUAAGAUAAGAUAUGUUCCCUCUGGCUUGUUCUGGUCAGUGGUCUGUCAGUGGUAUUUUUGGCCAGUAGAUUUUUUUCAGAAAUUCUCAGAGGCAGGUCCCUGAACAAUAUGUUUCAGUAGUCUUAAGCUGGAUAUGACUUGGAAAUGCAUAAUUGCUUAGGCCCAGGGGUAGGGAAAUCUGUGACCUUCCAGAUCCCAUCAGCCCCAGUCAGCAAGGCCAAUGGUCAAGACUGGUGGCAGUUUAGUCCAGCAACAUCUGGAGAGCCGCAGGUUCUCAAUCUGUCUUUGCCUAAGAGGAGUCACAGCUGGUUGUCCAGCCUUAACUAUUGAAAGGGGCUUCAUGCCACAGAUGCCAUCAACAUCGAGAGAUGGGGCCAGAUGUAACAAUACCCACAGGCUGUGAGUCUGAUCCUUUAGGGUGCAGUCUUGUCAGGAAUACCGCCCCCCCCCAUCCAAUGCAUCACACACCAAUAUCUCUGCUUAAACUGUAUUUCAUUCCUUUUGAGAUUGAAUUCUCUAAUCGGUUUCAGACAUAAUAAAGGUGCACAGCAAAUAAUAAGUGUGAGUGAUUUGCACUUCUAGUCUUACUUGCACUCUAUAACAACAGAAAUUCUUCUCUCUUUGGGGGCAAAAGUUAUUGUGAGCAUGCAACCCUUAGAUCUGUGUGUGAAUAACAUAAGGAAACCCUGACCUUUUUGUACUAAUCUGUGUUGCGUCAGUCACAGAUUAGCUGUUAAGUAUCAUUUGUACAAGCUGGCUUCUGGGGAAUAUAGUACAUCUACUCCCAAAAUGUUUUUAAAACCAAUGAUCCUGUUUUGACUAGGAGUUGGUAAAGAGAAGCUUUGUAGUGCUUCCGUAUUCUGUAUUUGUUGUAACUAUGGGCUACAUUUUUACUGUGUACAGUUAUUAUGUGUUUACAGUUUCUCUUCCAUUUGUGUUUAUGCUGACACAGUUGGCUGCAGUUUAAUUAGGCCUUUGAAAUGUGUAAACCACACUUUAGCCCUUGUGUAUGAUUAACAGUAUUAAAAUGUGUGCUACUCAGCCUCUUAAGUUGUUUGUGCAAUAGAAGGAAUAAGGUGAGUCUAAUAUUAUGUUAGAGGGACGUGGGUGGCGCUGUGGGUUAAACCACAGAGCCUAGGACUUGCCGAUCAGAAGGUUGGUGAUUCAAAUCCCCGCAACGGGGUGAGCUCCCGUUGCUCGGUCCCUGCUCCUGCCAACCUAGCAGUUCGAAAGCACGUCAGAGUGCAAGUAGAUAAAUAGGUACUGCUCUGGCGGGAAGGUAAACGUCGUUUCCGUGCACUGCUCUGGUUCUCCAGAAGCGGCUUAGUCAUGCUGGCCACAUGACCCGGAAGCUGUAUGCCGGCUCCCUUGGCCAAUAAAGCGAGAUGACUGGACCUAAUGGUCAGGGGUCCCUUUACCUUUUUAAUAUUAUAUUAUAAAUUUUGAGCAGUAUUUAUGCUUAGCGCUGCUGAGGAAGAUUAGUUUUUGGUGAAGAUUUGUAUGCAUAGUUAAAAUGCAUUGCCCUUGAACUGCAGAGAAUGAUUUUUUUGUGUAUUUUGUAUUCACAUUUUUAGUUCCCCAAAAGACCUUUCCAAUUCCUUUACUUUGGUAGGGCUGCCAGACCUGAAGCAUUUAGUUUCUGCAGUGUGACUGUGUGUGCCUUCAAACCAUCACCCUAGGCAGAUGCUGAACAAAUGUUUGAUAAAGUCUGGUCAAAUGUUCGAUGAGUUCUUGGACUCAUGGAGAGUUGCUGAAUAAGAUUUUCACGUGAACAGAGUGAGGAGCUUCAGUGCUUUGUAUAGUCCAUUGCCCCUUCCCAUGACGAGUAGAAAAACUGUGCAAAACAGUCAAAACCAUGAAAUAAAUUGUAUAAAAUAACAAAUCCUGCAAUCUUGCUUAAUUUAUACAGACUGCAUAAUUGAGCUUUUCGUUGCAGGGCUUAGCUUAGCAUUUUUAAAGAAUAACACUUCGGUUCUAGAUAUACAAAGCCCUGUGAGUAGCUCCAGUUCUUUAUAAACAUUUUUUGAGUAUAAGUCAUUCUUUCCGAGUUGAGUUUUAAUGAACUGUGCUGUGCUUAUUCUGAAAAAGACAUAAUGAAAAAAGAACUGCAUUUUUUUUUACCUCUUUUGUCUAGGAAUUGGCCAGGGUGUCCCUGUGGUUGCACUCAUAUUUGAAGGUGGCCCCAAUGUUAUCCUCACAGUUUUGGAAUACCUUCAGGAAAACCCACCUGUGCCAGUGGUGGUUUGUGAGGGGACUGGCAGAGCUGCAGACAUCCUAGCUUAUGUAUAUAAACAAACAGAAGAGGGAGGGUAAGUAUAGGAAGCUGCCUUCUGCUGAGUCAGAACAUUGGUCCAUGUAGCCCAGUAUUGUCUUCUCAAAGUAGCAUGUGUCCAAGGCUUUUUCUCCGCCCCCCUCUUGCUACUUGAGAUCUUUUCAACUGGAGUUGCUGGGGAUUAAACCUGAAACCUUGCCCUCUAACUCCUGAGUCACACCCCCUCCCCUUGAUGGGAAGAAUACACAUGGUUGCGUGUUUCAAUUGAUUCUUGUUUCAUCUCAGGAAUAUUCCUGAUGGAGCAGAGCCUGAAGUCAUUUCAACCAUCAAAAAGACAUUUAAUUUUGGUCAGAGCGAGGCAGUUCAUUUGUUCCAGACCUUACUGGAGUGCAUGAAAAAAAGAGAACUUGUGAGUAAAUCUCUGCAUACUAUACCACGACAAUAGGGUUGUGUAGUAACACUCUUUAGUAUUGUACUUUUCUAAAUAAAUGUUUGAUUAAUCACACUAGCUAUGAAAAAUUAAAAUAGACCAGCCUUCCCCCAUUCCUCCACACCUUCCUCCAGAGUCUGCCAUCCUAGGGCCAAGCCCCAAGGGAGCAAUGACAAUAACUUAGUUGGAUGCAACCCCACAAGUUGAUGCUAUGUCUGAGCUGAGCCUCGUUUCUUUCUAAAAAAUAUGUUUACGCUUUCCUUUUUUCCAUAGGGUUUAUAUUUGUUUUUUGACUUUCAGUCAAGAUCCAAAGAUCUGUGUUGUACCUGCAGAUCUUGAAUAAGUGUAUUAUCAAAACCAAUGAAGGUUUUCAAAAACCAAACAUAAUGCCAGUCCAUUGUGUGAUGAACAUAUUGUGAACCCUGGAGUAGGUUUCGGCUUUCAGACUCCCUACUUGUCUCAUGUGUUACAAUUCCCUCUCUUCUUGGUUUAUGACAAGCUGUCAUUUGCUGAUACAUCUGAAUUAGCAAAUUAAAUUUUGUGAUUGCUGUGCAAUUGCUAUUUGAUUCUGUGAUUCUGAUUUCUAGCACUGGCUUGCAAGGCAAACACAAACCAUGUCCUGUGAUUCAUUUGAAACAGCAAAGUAUCGUGUUUUCUUGUUUCAAACAAAGAAAGGAUGGAGGGAAUUGUUAUAUAAAAAUUCAGACCUAACUGCAGGCUGAUGCAUAUAAAGCUUUGGUUAUAUUUGAACCACUCCACUGCAAGAUGAACACCGCAACCCAUAGAUGUCUUUGACUGGACUUAACCAUCCAGGGGUCAUUUACCUUAUCUUUACCUUAAAUGCUUGUCAAUGUGUGUAAAUUUUAAUUAUAUUGAUGCGUUGUAAGGCACAUGGCAUUAACUUUUCUUUUCAUUGGAAUUUGCUAAGCUUUAAGUGGUGGUCUCGAAUUACAUGUGUAAUAGUACUAUAUUAGUAGUACUAUUCUGCAGUUGAUAACUGUAGAAUAGUACUACUGGUUAAUAACUGCAGUUAAUUAUUCUGCAGUUUCCUUAUAUGGUUUCAGAAUUCUGUAUAUACAACAGCAGAUUAUUUUAAUGCAUUUUCUUUAGUUUUGUUAUGGUUUAUGGCUAGACAAAUGAACUGUUACAAAUCAACCAUAUGUAAAGGAACUAUUAUGAGAUUGAAAACUCCCCCCCUCCCAAUAUAAUUUUCAAAACAGAUCACUGUGUUCCAUAUUGGAUCUGAUGAGCAUCAAGAUAUUGAUGUUGCAAUCCUUACAGCGCUGCUAAAAGGUGAGUUUUUGACCUUAAAAACGUCUCAUAAUUAAGCAUGCACUGAUUGUUUUUGGGGUGGGGACAAUGGGCUUUCUGAUUGGACUGAUGGGAGUUGUAGUCACUUAGCAUCCUUGGAGCACCAGGUUGCCUACCGCUGGUUUGCAUAGUGUCGUCUCAUCCUACAUAGCCAUUCAAUAUAGCUUUGUGAUAACUUCAUAAAACUCUUCCAAAGUGAGUGCACUGCUUUCUGGAUCUGAAUAGGCAAACAAUUUCUCUCCUUUUCACAGUACCAUCCAAAAUAUUACUGGGGGACAUUGUUGUGGUUAUUUUAUUAUUAUUAUUCAUUUAUUAUUAUUAUUUAUUUGAUUUAUAUACCACCAUUUAUCAGAAGAUCUCAGGGCGGUGUGCAACAUAAAGAACAUGUUUUAAUGAAGCAUAAUAAUAGAAACACAAUACAAACCAUAAUAAUAGACAGCAUGAUCAGUCCUGCCUCACACACACAUUUAACAGGCCGUAGAUUAUUUAAUAGCUGAAGGAAUGUUUUUGCCUGGCACCUAAAGACAUGUAAUGAUGGUUGCCGGUGAGCCUCUCUGGGGAGAGUAUUCCACAGAUGGGAAGCCACCACAGAAAAGGCCUGUUCUUGUCUUGCCACCCUCUGAAUCUCUCGGGAAGAGGAGGACAUAGAGAAAGGCCUUGGUUGACAAGCAGGGCCCAGGUCAAGUAGCAUGGUGAAAGGUGGUUCUUAAGUAUUGAGGUCCUGAGCGAUUUAAGGCUUUAUGGGUCAACACCAGCACUUUGAAUUGGGCCCAGAAACUGACUGGCAGCCAUUACAGUUGGGCCAGGAUCAGUGUUAUAUGCCCAGAACAUCUUGUUCUGGUGAGCAGUCUGGCCACGGAAUUUUGCACCACCUGAAGUUUCCAAACUGUCUUCAGAGGCAGCCCCAUGUAUUACUCAUUGCAGUAAUCCAACCUAGUGGUUACCAGAGCUUUGGCCAGAGAAGUUAGACUGUCCCUGUUCAGAUAGAGGCAUAUCUGGCCACCAGCCAAAGUUGACAGAAGGUACUCCAUGCCACCGGGUGUUACUUCCUUCUCCUUAAGAGGGAGUGUAACUCCUUCAAGAACAGGCAGUCUCCCCUCCAUCCAGUCUAGGGAACUACCCACUAACAAUUGACAUAAGCUUUCACAAAUUCUGCCCUUUCCAGCUCAGCUUUAGUAAUAAGCCACAAUCUGUAGCGCUCCAAAAGAGGGCAUAUCUUUUUUCCAGCAGAUAUGUUCUAUUUUACCAUGAAUUGUAUAGGCUAUGCAUUAUUUCCCUAGCAUAAGGUAAGGCAUGAAAUCAGCUGAAAAUAAGAAUUUUAUGGUGAACAGGUUUGAAUCUGAUUUCUGUGUUUGUUUUCUAGGCACAAAUGCUUCUGCGUUUGACCAGCUUGUCCUUACACUUGCGUGGGACAGAGUUGACAUUGCCAAAAAUCAUGUUUUUGUUUAUGGACAGCAGUGGCUGGUAUGUAGACAUGGUUGUUCAUAGCGGUGACUUAUUAAUAAGAUGUUGAAUUAUUGUUAAAGAAUCGUCUGUCAAAACCAUAAUGCUCUGGUGUAGACAGAAAGCUUCCUGAUCACCUAAUCAUACAGUCUCAGACACUCUUUGCCUUUCCCUCUCCUGUGCAAAUUGCCCCCUUUCCCUGUUUGGAGCAAAUUAUAUUUUUCAGACAACUGUACUUAGUGCGAAGAUGAGUACUAAGAGCAUAAUGUGAACCAGCAAGGUGCUCAACAAUCACGUUGCAAGGUGAUUGAGCAGGUGUGGUUGCCAUGCAACUUCAGACACUCUUGGAAAUCACUAGUAAUUUAGGCCCAUUUCAGUCUGGUUUCUGAUCUGGAGAUCGUUGGGGAGAAGAACAAGGAAGUGCAACCCUGUUAGCUUUUCUGGAUUUCUCUGUGCUGUUCGUUAUGAUUAAUAGUGGUAUCCAUUUAAACUAAGUGUCUGUGGUGGGGAUCAUGAGAAUUUCACUGCAGAUACAACUUUCAGACUUCAGUUGGCACAAAAUAAAGUUCCUUGAUGCAGAAUUCAAUCUCUUAAGAGGUGCCCAGAUGCAUAAGGAACAAAACAACUUUCCAAAAUGUACCGUAUUUUUCGCUCUAUAGGACGCACUUUUUCCCCUCCAAAAAUGAAGGGGAAAUGUGUGUGCGUCCUAUGGAGCGAAUGCAGGCUUUCCCGGGCUUCCUGCAGCUCCGCGCCACCCUCCGGAUCCCGGCGCGAGGCUCCAGAGGGUGGCGCGGAGCUGCCUGUGCUCCAGGGCUUCUUGCAGCUCCGCGCCACCCUCCGGAUCCCGGCGCGAAGUCGCACGGGGCUCCGGAGGGUAGCGCAGAGCUGCCUGAGCUCCAGGGCUUCUUGCAGCUCCGCGCCAUCCUCCGGAUCCCGCGCGGCCGCAGGGCUCCGGAGGGUGGCGCGGAGCUGCCUGCGCUCCAGGGCUUCUUGCAGCUCCGCGCCACCCUCCGGAUCCCGGCGCGAAGCCACGCGGGGCUCUGGAGGGUGGAGCAGAGCUGCCUGCGCUCCAGGGCUUCCUGCAGCUCCGCGCCACCCUCCGGACCCCAGCGCGAAGCCGUGCGGGGCUCCGGAGGGUGGCGCGGAGCUGCCUGUGCUCCAGGGCUUCUUGCAGCUCCGCGCCACCCUCCGGAUCCCGGCGCGAGCCGCACGGGGCUCCGGAGGGUAGCGCAGAGCUGCCUGCGCUCCAGGGCUUCCUGCAGCUCCGCGCCACCCUCCGGAUCCCGGCGCGAAGCCGCGCGGGGCUCUGGAGGGUAGCACGGAGCUGCCUGCACUCCAGGGUUUCCUGCAGAUCUGCGCCACCCUCCCGAUCCCGGCGCGAAGCCACGUGGGGCUCCGGAGGGUGGCGCGGAGCUGCCUGCGCUCCAGGGCUUCCUGCAGCUCCGCGCCACCCUCCCGAUCCCGGCGCGAAGCCGCGCGGGGCUCCGGAGAGUAGCGCAGAGCUGCCUGCAUUCCGAAGCCUGGUGCGCACUGAAGAGCGCGCCCGGGCUUCGCGCACCUCUCCACAAGCCUGGGGAGACCGGCUCGGUUCCCUAGGCUUGCGGAUAGCAGGCUGUUCUGGGGGCUGGGGUCAGGGGAAGCUCGGGCUUCCCCCGCGCCUGCCCCGUGCCUGGGGAGGGAAUUUUUUUUCCCUUUAUUUCCCCCCCCCCAAAAAAAAAUUAGGUACCUUGAACGCACCUUGUUUUAGAGGGAGAGAACAAGAAAAAAAAUUUUUUCCCUGUUCUCCCCCUCCUAUGAUCCGGUGCGUCCUAUGGUCCGGUGCGUCCAAUGGAGCGAAAAAUAUGGUAUAGUAGACUUUGGCAUACUAGUUUUCUCAAUUCUCACAUUAUUUCAAUUUAAGGAUUGUCUUUAUUUCUUCAGGUUGGGUCUUUGGAACAAGCUAUGUUAGAUGCCCUUGUGAUGGAUAGAGUUGCCUUUGUGAAACUUCUUAUUGAAAAUGGAGUGAGCAUGCACAAAUUCCUUACAAUUCCCAGACUGGAAGAACUUUACAACACUGUAAGUGGAUGUUUAUUCUUAUUUUUAUUAUUGUUAUUAAUUACACCCAUUAGUUACUUUUUUGCCAUGUCAACAGAGUGAUUUGCAGUAUUUUAAAAGGAAGAAACCCCAUAUACAUACAUUAAAACCAACAUUUUAAAAAAACUACAAUGAAAUAUCCCAUCUACAUGAAAAGGCAAUAGAUAAUUAAAAGCCAAGUGCCCAAUUAAAAAGGAAUUGGUUUUGCCUGGCACCUAAAGAUAUUUAAUGAUGGCACCAGAUGAGCCUUUCUGGGAAGGGCAUUCCACAAGCAGGCAGCCACCUGUUUUCAUGUUGCCACCCUCCAGAUCUCCAUGGAGAGGGCACACAAAGAUGAUGAUCACAGGGUUCAGGUCGGUUCAUAUGUAGAAUAAAUUUAGCAACAACAAUUCUCUUAAGAUUCCCAAGUUGUAUUUCUAUUUCAUUUAUAAUUUUCAUAUAAAAACAUGCAUUCAAAGUGAAAUACUGUUUGAGAUUGAUUUGGGUAACAAUUGAGGGAGGUGUUUAAUGGAAGGUUGUCAUUUUUAUAUCAGUAAUGGUACAGAAUUUUAGGUGUAAAGCAUGAGCCUUCAUUCUGAUUGCAAGCUUUUGGAGCUCGCACUGAAGAAAAUAAUAUUAUUAUCCUGCAUUCAAGAGCUGAUCUCAACCAGCUUGUGAUGAUGGCAUUGAAUUUACCAGUGGAAAUUGAAAUGCUGAUUGCAUCUUUUGGAUAUAAAUAAGUUUAUAGGGAAUUUUUAAUUACGUCCGCCUCUUGAUGCUGUUGAAGCGUAUGCUGCUGUUGCUAAUUUUGCUGUCUGGUCUUUGACCACAAUAAAGAUUUAUUGAUUGCAUCUUUUGGAAGCGCCAAAUAGUUGACAUUUCUUUCACAAGGCGAAAAAGUGAUAAAAUCUAGCUCAAGAGAAAUGAGUGUGUUUUGAAACAGCAGAGGACUGAGAAAUUAGAUUCAAGCGAUGCUAGACAAAUUAAGGAAGGGAGCCAGUACAUGCAAACCCUCCUUAUACUUUAGAUGAUUAGCCCCAAAAUUAUUGAGGAGAAAGGCUAGGAGGGAAAUUACAGCUGCUACUGGAGCUUUCCCCUGCCAGUUACUGCCUUAUUUUGGGUUACGGAUUAAACCCUUAGGGAAGGAUGGACAUCUCUUACUGACUCACAGGAUUCUUCUGAGUGAAAAAUACAAAAAAGCUGUUAAUUAUCAAAAGAUCAGUUUUUAUUUUCAUGUUUGCAGGGAAGCAUAGUCUUUAUGCCUGGUGAAAGCUUUGGUUAGGUAGAGCUGUUCUAGAAGUAUAGCAAAUUAAAUCGUUAUAGUUCUUCUCUUGGUUUUUCUAAAGCAGCAGUCAAAUUAUUUAAUCAUGCAGAAGAUAGUGCUUCUGUUUUAAUUUUAAAAAAUACUGAGUUUUGUAGAACCUGGAUAAUUGAAAAAACAACAACACAAUUUUGCAAUCUGUCAUUCUACUACUUUGUUUUGUCACAUGCCUCAGUGUAUCUAAAAGUCUGCAUUCUUCUCUUCUACAUCAAGAAACAAGGCCCAACAAAUCCAGCACUGCUUCAUCUUGUUCGAGAUGUCAAACAGGUAGGGCUCUUGUUAAAAUACUUCAACAUCUCUAGAUGCACACAAACAAGAAACUACGUUUUCAUUCCCCUUCUCAUAUAAUCAUUUUACUAAUAACAUUUUAAGCACUUACUGUGGUGUGUCUAGUGGAGAACUUUCUUUCGGGUAAUUUAAGAAUUUUAGAACAUCAUUCACUAAAAAAUGGGUGCACUUUGCUUCAUGUUCAAAUGGAUGCUUGUCCGUAGCUACAUAUUGCUUCAUGUCCUUUCUGUGUUUGAAGGAAACCAAGGACCUCAUGCACAGAAGGAGGAACGGUAUCUGGGCUGCUCCAGAUACUCAAACCAUAGUUUAUUGUUGCACCUAAAUUGAGAUGUGGAGUCUCUUUGUUAGUCCAUGUUGCCCAACUAGCAGUGACCUUGCAUUAUAUGCCAAGGUGUCUUUCCCUGGGGAGUGCUUGGGGCUGAACACAGAACCACUUUUUGCAGAAUGACAUCAUGUGAUACAGAGAUUGCAGCACGUAUUAGUGCUAAGUUAAUACUGUCUUGUCCUCAGGGAAACCUUCCUCCCGGAUAUAAACUCACUUUGAUUGAUGUGGGGCUUGUUGUGGAAUAUUUGAUGGGAGGAACCUACAGAUGCACCUACACGCGAAAACGUUUCAGAGUGAUAUACAACAGUCUCAGUGGCAGCAAUCGGGUAUAUGGUUUCUUUUUUUCUUUUUGAAGUAAUGCAUAUAAGGUAGUAUUUAACCUCUUUAAACAAUUCAGUUAAUGUAAAAUAACAGCAUCUCAUUUCUUAGAAAGGUGUUUCUCCUAAGAUCUCUAGAUUGUUUUGUGUACUUGGAACUGUACCAAUGUAUGUAUGUUUGCAUCUGUCUCGAGACAAUGGAGUACGCUGCCUGGGUGUACUAAACUGCAUAGUAGUUGUCAUGAAUUGGUUAGACACAGGAAUGGUGGUAGGAACCAGCUUGAGAACCACCAAGGGAAGAAGGCUCAGAAUACAGGGAGUGGUGAUGGGACGACGAUGAGUGGUCAGAGAGAGAAGACAGUGAAGAGGAGGUGUCGGAAGCUGAAGAUGUAACAGGGCUUGGUGAGGUAGGAGAGUCUGUGAAACAGAGAAGUCAGGAAUCAGAGGCUGAAGCUGAAGCAGAUGAGUGGAAGAAGGGAGGUCAAGAAGCAGAGAUGAGUCACGCUUGUUAAGAGUUACGGGUUUCUUCUCCUGCUGCGACAAGCUCCCCACCCCCACCCCCCACCAUGACUCCUAGAACCAGGAGAGACAUGAAAUGGGAGGAACCCUGGAGAGGAGGAGACAUAGACGGCAGGGACCUUUAGUCUUGGUAACUGAUUUCAUGGAAUAAGACCUACAGGGAAUGAGCUGCUCUGCUCCUUAGGCCUGUCACUCAGCCAAGUCUGUGGAGAUAAUUUUUUUUUCUAAUAAAUAAUUAGCUCUGACUUUGAACUGUGCAAUUUACUGGUCUGCUUUCUCUGUGACAGUAUCAAUAGUAAUAUACUGGACAUGAUCCAGCUGCACUUAAGUGCUUCGAUUUUUGCUGGAUUGUGCCCAAAGCAUUUUGGAUUGUUAUCUCAACAAAUAUUAAAAGAAUAUUGCAGGGUGGGCCACUAUCAUUCCAACAUUGUAGAUGGGGAUUGAGUCUGAGAGACCUUGAACUGCCCUAGAGGCUUCUAGGAAGCUUGUAAUCGACAUGAGAGUUGAACUGAGACUCUUCACAGCUUAUAUUCUCACCACUACGCAAAAAUAAACUACUUUGUCUUGGCUAUAUACAAAUAUUUAUGGUUUUGUCCUUCAGAUAAUGAGUUACUGUGUAUCUCAAUGAUUUCACAUAAUUCAGGCACUGUGCUACAUUAUAAUCAUGUUUUUCUGUUUCCCCACCACCAGCGGUCUGGACGAAAUGCUUCAGGCAGCACCCCUCAAUUGCGUAAAAGCCACGAACCUUUUGGUAACAGGGUGGAUAAGAAAGAGAAAAUGCGGCAUAAUCACUUCAUCAAAACUGCCCAGCCUUACAAACCAAAGGUAUGAGGCACACAGCUGCCCUUGAAGGAGAUGAAGUUGGAACAGGGCUCUUGUUUUCGUGAUGUGAUCUUGGCAUGUACGGAGGUGUAUAUAAAUAGUGCAUUGUACUGUACUUCUUGUAACAGCCUUUAAAGCACACAUGCCAUAAUUGAAAUUGGAGUUGCAGAAGUGAUACAGAUAAUCACUAUAAUUGUAGCAAUUCCUUUUCUGACACAUGCAAAUGAGCUGAGAAAUUUCGAAAGCUAAAUGAAAGUUCCUUAUCUCUGAUUUUGUGGCCGUGGAACCUUGCUUGUAUUUUCCCCUUUUGCUUCGGAGAUGUUCACAUGGCAUUUCUUUGUAGCAAGGUUCUAUCACAGGCUAACAUUAUCUUAUUUGUGGGUGGAGCUGCUAAUUUUGAUACUUUAUGAUAUGUUUACUUCGGUUAUUUUGGUGCCUUUCUUUGAAUGAUUCUUACCUGAAAUAAUAUCUUUCUGGUGAAUUUUUAACAAAUAUCUGAUGUCUGAGUACCGCAUUUCACUGUUGUAUUUUCUCUUUAAACUUUAUAAUUCUAGCUGCCCUUGUAAAACCUUUAAAUUACUACCUUUUUUUUAAAGGCCGAUAACACUUCAGAAGAAGGAAAAAAGAAGCAAACCAAAGAUGACAUAGUAGAUAUUGAUGAUCCAGAAACAAGACGCUUUCCUUACCCUCUGAAUGAGUUGUUACUGUGGGCAGUACUAAUGAAGAGGCAAAAAAUGGCUCUUUUUUUCUGGCAACAUGGUGAAGAAUCCAUGGCGAAAGCCUUAGUGGCCUGCAAGCUAUAUCGUUCAAUGGCCUAUGAAUCAAAACAAAGUGACCUUGUUGACGAUACCUCGGAAGAACUGAAACAGUAUUCAAAGUAAACAUUCCAUUUUGUUAAAAUCCUUAAGACAAAUUUCAGCUUCUUGUUUCCUAGUAGUUGCUAGAAGCUAAUGCUGAAGAUGCAGAAAAUGGAGAAUGUCAGGUUGGGCUUUUGUAGAUGAUGGAGUUUAACCACAGUGCCAUAUGCAUUUUUUUCUGUUCAUUUCCCAUAGCUGUUAUCCACUCGCCCUUUUUGUCUGUUCUGGCUGGUUAAUUACAAUCUCGUACUAGCUUUUCUAAAAUUGCAAAUCCUUUUUAAAAGCCUGAAUUAUUUUUGUUCUGGUUAGAUGUCACUUCCUGAAAUCCAGCAACAGAUAACUGGUCCAGGGAAAUCAUGGGUAUAGAUGCAGAAGAAUGCAUCAGGUACGCCUUUUAACUCACUCAGAGUAACAGGGAAGUGCUGAGAUGAAACCAAUUUUCUUUUCGGCCAUACAGAGUUGUAUCCACGGGUGUCUCUCUUACAGCAGUACUAAGCAGGUGCUUCCAUUCAGUUCAGGAAGUUCAGUGUUUGAAGUCUAUUAUGGGUGAAAGAAUUGGCAUAUUUAAUAUGUUUGUGCAUCUUUAACAUUGUAUGUCUUGUGAUUUUUGCCCCCCACAGUGAGUUUGGGCAGCUGGCAGUUGAGCUAUUAGAACAGUCAUUCCGACAAGAUGAAACUAUGGCUAUGAAGUUGCUAACUUACGAGCUAAAAAACUGGAGUAAUGCCACCUGCCUUAAGCUAGCAGUGUCUUCACGGCUUCGCCCUUUCGUAGCUCAUACUUGUACACAAAUGUUGUUGUCUGAUAUGUGGAUGGGAAGGCUGAACAUGAGGAAGAAUUCAUGGUACAAGGUAACUAGUCUAUAGAUAAUACCUUCCUUGGAAUCCAUUUUUGCUGUUAUUUUAGUAAUGCUUAAGUGAAAGGGAUAUGUUGAAAGCAUAGUCAUGCAAAGUUUUCUUCACUGUAAUCUAUGUAGGCUAAGCAAAACAGCUCUUUAACAUAAUCAAAGUGAGAGGUGAUACUGGAAUGAACAAUAACUUUUUUUUGAUGCUUUAUUAUCUUUUUUAAAAAAGGUACAGAAAUGUAGAAGGCAGAAACCAGGCAAGUAGCCCUUAACCAGAGGUGGAUACUUAGAUCAUCAUGAGAACUAAUCUACUACUAAAAAUGUAGUGGUGAAACAUUAACAGACUGAAACCCCCUUGUAAAAUUGAAAUGUCAUUAUGCUUUCUACGGGUAGUAAAGUAAAAUUUGAUGUAGAAACUUCAUAUUUAUAUUUUAGUAGCUGAAGCUGAGCAAGUGAGAAGGCUUAACAGAAUUCAGACAAAUCAGCAGGAUGUGAGUGGGUGUAGGUUUUCAGAAUGGCAUAUGUCAAGUAAGCCAUAUAGUCUGGAUUAACAAUAAGAGGUGUGUUUCUCUUUGUAUACUGCACUGAAAAUUUGCCCCACUACGUUAGAAUAUAAUAAGAAAAUUAUUAUGUAAAAGUACAGUGUUGAUACAGACCAUCCUCAAGCAUCAUUUUAAAGUAUGAUGUGCUGUUGUCUGUCUUGUGUUCCAAUUUGUCAUCUCUAACUUGCUUUGCUAGUCAACUAAGAGUAACACUCAUUUUAUGAAGAUGGGUGGGUGGGUGUGCUUCAGAAUCUAUGAUUCUUCAACGGCAUUAGGGAGAUAUGCCUUCUAAUACUGAUAAAAGCAUUAGGAUGAGGGGUAGAAAUCUAUUUGAGCACAUUUUGUCUAACAACUUUUUAGAAAUUGCAGAUAUUUUUCCCUCAAGAAUAUUAUGGAAUGUUCUAUGUGUAUCUGUAGUAGUUAAAAAAAAUUAAAACCUAAUCAUUCUUCUACAUCUUUUACUUGCUACCUGACAGAUUUUGCUGAAAUGUGGGAGAGAGGGGAAGAGGGGACUUCUGUGUGCUGGAUAGUUCUGAUUUUUUUUUUAUUAGAAUAACGGGAAGUAUUUUGUCUUAAUAACUUGAUGUUCACAUCUUACAGGUAAUAUUGAGCAUCUUACUUCCCCCUACCAUACUAAUGCUAGAAUACAAAACCAAGGCAGAAAUGUCCCAUAUUCCACAGUCUCAAGAUGCACAUCAAAUGACUAUGGAAGACAGUGAGAACAACUUUCAAAACAUAGCAGAAGAGAUACCAAUGGUAAUUCUACACACAAACACUAACACAUUUUUAGCAACGAAGACUAACUUUACUCUCAUACAUGAUUUUAAAAUGUGUUAUUUUAAUGUUAGGAAGUGUUUAAAGAAGUAAGGGUCUUGGACAGUACAGAAGGAAAGCAUGACAUGGAGGCAACAGUAAAACCCAAGAGGCUUCCCAUUACGCGAAAGUUUUAUGCCUUCUAUCAUGCACCAAUAGUGAAAUUCUGGUUUAACACGGUGAGUUUUUUGUUUCUAUGUUUUGUUUUGGAAAAAGAACUCUUUUUUUUUUUUUUGAAAAAAACUACUUUUCUUAAUAUUUAUUUUCAACAUUUUACUUUUUAUAGUUGGCCUACUUAGGAUUUCUGAUGCUUUAUACAUUUGUGAUUCUUGUGAAAAUGGAAGAGCUGCCCUCAAUUCAAGAAUGGAUUGUCAUUGCAUAUAUUUUCACGUUGGCUGUUGAGAAGAUUCGUGAGGUAUAUUUGCAUUUGUAACGUGCUCUUUAAUGCAGAAGAGGAUUUAAAUAUACUUUCAAGAGUCAGCAUAAGUACGCUGUGCAAAACUUGUUGCCUUCCAGAUGUACUUGGCCUACAACUCCCAGGAUCCCUAGCUAGCAGGACCAGUGGUCAGGGAUGCUGGGAAUUGUAGUCUCAAAACAUCUGGAGGGCUGAGGUUGAGGAAGCCUGUGGUAGGGUAUUGAUGCAGUACUCGUUUUCUGCAAGUCAUAUGUUGUAAAUUGGGGGCUUGCCACAGAAGCAUGCUCCUUCCUCUUCCAUUUUGUUGGAUUCAAAUUCCUUUCUCCGUUUAUUAGCUUUUAGCAUGAUGAAUGCAAGCCAGAGUCCCUCAUUACUGUAGUUCAGGCAUAGGCAAACUCUGGCCUGCCAGAUGUUUGGGACUACAGUUCCCAUCAUCCCUGAUCACUGGGUCCUGUUAGCUAGGAAUGAUGGGAAUUGUAGUCCCAAACAUCUGGCGGGCCGGAGUUUGCCUAUGCCUGCUGUAGUUCAUGGAACCACUUCCUACCAUGGCUUCAGUCUUUGAUUUACAUUAAACUUGUUUUGUAUCGAUGUAUGUACAUAACUGCUACCUGCCUUUUAAUGCCUUUUGAUGUAAGACGAAAUGAACUGUGCCCAAUUUCUCAUUAUUUUUACAACAGAUCUUUAUGUCAGAGGCGGGCAAGAUCAGUCAAAAGACUAAAGUGUGGUUUAAUGAUUACUUCAAUGUCAGUGAUACUGUAGCCAUUAUCACAUUCUUCAUUGGUUUUGGACUAAGAUUUGGAGCACAGGGAAACUUCAGUGAAGAUACUUACAAUUCAAAUUACGUUUUCGUUGCUGGAAGGCUAACUUACUGCCUGAAUAUAAUCUUUUGGUAUGUGAGAUUACUGGAUUUUUUGGCUGUAAACCAACAUGCUGGACCUUACGUCAUGAUGAUUGGGAAAAUGGUAAGCUUUUUUCCUACCAAAAUUAAAAGUGUGUUGUGUGGGAUUAUGAUGAUGAUUAUUAUUAAUAUUCCACCUGAUACUCAGAGGUCUCAGGGUGGCUCACAGAAUAAAAUAAAAAUAUAAAACCACAAAAUACAUAAUCAGAAUAAAAACAACCCAAUAAAACCCCUCUCCCCCAAAAACCCGUAUUUUAAAAGGGCAUAGGAUGUCAAUCAGUUAAACCAAAGGCCUGGAUAAAAAUGAACAUUUUUGCCUGGCACCUAAAGGUAUAUAAUGAAGGUGCCAGGCGAACUUCCCUGGGGAGAGCAUUCCAUAGACGGGGAGCCACUGCAGAGAAGGUCCUGUUCUCAUGUUGCCACCCUCCAGACCUCUUGAGGAGGAGGCACAUGAAGAAGGGCCUCAGAAGAUGACGUCAGGGUCCAGGUAAGUUCAUAUGAGAAGAGGUGGUCCUUGAGCUAUAUUUUAAAUAUAUUUUAUUUCCAAACAUUCCAGAAGUGUUGUAUUUUACAGUCAUUUGAAACAGGUAUUCCACCAAUAAAGAUGGACAGCUGUGUAAGGCAGUUUGCUGUAUGUGUAGAAGGAGGGACAGGUGGAGAAAAACAAGAAGCCACAAUGUUGGCAUGUGGAGUAUUUCGCACCAUAUGAUCAAUUUGAAAUAUUGUAGCAGGAAGUUCCACAAGUUCCCCAGUACUCCACUACUGUAGGCACUCAGACAUUUACACAAAAAGUCUCUUUAAGUUUAUUCAGAACUUAGCAGUUGAACACUGAAGUCACAGAUACAUACUGCUGUUUCAAAGACUGGCUGUCCCAAGGUGCUUGCAAAAGGGGGGAAAUUAGCUGUGCCUCAGAGAAGAGCAGGGAUCUUGCAGAUGCAUGCAUCCGAUUGGCUCAGAUUGAAAUGCAUGCAUCUGAUUGGGGUGGGAUGCUCCUCACAGUCUUGCCCUAAUUCUUAUGGAAGUUACAAUGCAUUUCUGAGGAACUCAGAAGGGAAAUAAAGUCAAAAUGGAAGUUCAUAGUGGCCACUUGCCCUCCCUAAGCCACUCUUCCUGGAAAUACUAUUAUAUUACAUGACAUUACAUUACAUAAAAGUUACCCCUUGGGAUGGGUGGAAUGUAGAGAUGAUUGUGAUUGGCUGUGCUGAUGAAUACUGGAGGUUCCCGACCCCUAUGGUUGUAAUUCAUGGGCAGUCUUUUAAUUUUAUCCUGAUUCUAAUUUUUAAGCUGUAUUUUAAUCAAUUGUUUGAUAGUGCUUUAAUGUUUUUGAUAUUUGAUGUUAGCCACCCUGAGCCUGUUAUUGGCCUGGGAGGGCAGGGUAUAAAUAAAAAUUUACUUAAGGUAAAGGUAAAGGUACCCCUGCCCGUACGGGCCAGCCUUGACAGACUCUAGGGUUGUGCGCUCAUCUCACUCUAUAGGCCGGGAGUCAGCGCUGUCUGCAGACACUUCCGGGUCACGUGGCCAGUGUGACGAAGCUGCUCUGGCAAGCCGGCACCAGCGCAGCACACUGAAACGCCGUUUACCUUCCCGCUAGUAAGCGGUCCCUAUUUAUCUACUUGCACCCGGGGGUGCUUUCAAACUGCUAGGUUGGCAGGUGCUGGGACUGAGCAAUGGGAGCGCACCCCGCCGCGGGGAUUCGAACCGCCGACCUGACGAUCAGCAAGUCCUAGGCACUGAGGUUUUACCCACAGCGCCACCCGCGUCCCAUAAAAAAAAAUAAUUACUUACUGUCCAAAGAUGAUUGACCAGUGGAGAUGGACAAAAACAAGUCUAGAGUGCUUCUAAAUGUGAGGCAGUGUUGAAUAUAAAUGUAAACAACAAAGAAGGGGUUGGGCUGUAGUUUGGAGGGUUUAAGUGAGGGGUCUCCACUGUUUUAACUGUCUCUUAACUCUGUUUUAAACAGGUGGCCAACAUGUUUUACAUUGUAGUGAUUAUGGCACUUGUGCUGCUCAGUUUUGGAGUCCCCAGGAAGGCAAUACUUUAUCCUAAUGAAAAGCCAUCCUGGGUUUUAGCAAGAGAUAUUGUCUUUCGGCCCUAUUGGAUGAUCUUUGGUGAAGUUUAUGCCUAUGAAAUUGAUGGUAAGAUAUUUUUAUUCCUUCUAUUUUUUACCAGGCGAGGGGCACUUUUUCUUGUGUCUGAAGAGCACAGAAAUGGGAGGGCUAAUCUAGAAUCUAUAUUUAAUUCAUAAUGAUUUUAUUGCUUUAUUGAUAAUUUGUUUUUUAAAAAAAUUCUGGAGUUUAACUGUGCUUUAUCUAGAUUGUUGUAUUUUAUACCCCACAGAGUGUGAUGAAGUGUUUCAUAAACCUUUCUAAAUAAAUAAAAACAAAGGGAUUAUUUAUGUAUAUUCUAAUGUAUGUAAUAUUAAGGUAUUAUUUUAAACCGGGGGGGGGGGGGACCUAAAAUUUAAAAAAAACAUGUUUACACAAAUCUCUCUUGAUUUUUAAAUUUUAAAAUCUACAGUGAUACAUGUAUUUGUUCAGAAUAUGAAAACAAAACUGUUUUGGUAAACAUGAUUAUAUUAUGAAAAAGUGGGAUAUACAUUCAAUAAAUAUGAAGGGAUUUUAUUUUAUUGAAAAGCUUUAUUUGUUUUUCAUUUUGAAGGGCAUGAACUGAAAGACUGAUUUUAAUAAACUUUCCAGUUGCUGAGGUUGGAAGUUUGGGUAUUUAAUGCCCACAGACCUGUUUUAUUCAUAAAUUUUCUGUUUAGGGCUAAGCUGUGCAGCGGCUUCUGCUACUUGUGUGUUGAAAAAGUAUAGGUGAUAGUAUUUUGUUGAUGCACUAUAAAGAGCUUUGCUUCUAAGUAACAAGUAAACUACUAAAUCUUGUCAAAAAAUUCUUUUUCUUUUCUUAAUCUGCAAAGUAUGUGCAAAUGAUUCCCAAACAAUCAUACCAUGUGUUACUGGAGCAUGGCUGACACCCUUCCUUCAGGCCGUCUACCUUUUCGUGCAGUACAUUAUUAUGGUCAAUCUUCUCAUCGCCUUUUUCAAGUAUGUUUUUCACAUUUUAAGUUGAUAUUAAAUCAGUGCUUUAAAAAGUAGUUUGGUGAUUACACGGCCGUGGGGUAUUCCUGCAUGCGUCUUCGUCACCAGAGGACCAAAUGGGCUCUGUAGCUAGGAAUACCUUUUACCAGCUUUGUCUAGUUUGCCAGCUAUGGCCAUUCCUGUACAGCGAUAACUGACUACUGUAGUACAUGCAUUGGUAACCUCAAGGUUGGAUUACAGCAAUAUGCUCUUUGUGGUUUGGAAGCUCCAGCUGGUGCAAAAUAUGGAGGUCAAAUGGCUGAUGACCAACAACAUGUGACACCAUCGUUAAAACAUACGCACCAGCUGCCCAUCUAUGACCAAGCCUUGUUGAAGAUCCUUGUAUUAAUUUACAAAGCCAUGAACAAAUUUGGUCUACGGUACCUUAGGGAUGCAGGUGGUGCUGUGGGUAAAACCACAGAACCUAGGACUUGCCGAUCAGAAGGUCGGUGGUUCGAAUCCCUGUAACGGGGUGAGAUCCCGUUGCUCGAUCCCUGCUUCUGCCAACCUAGCAGUUUGAAAGCACGUCAAAGUGCAAGUAGAUAAAUAGGUACCGCUCCGUCGGGAAGGUAAAUGGUGUUUGCGUGCGCUGCUCUGGUUCGCCAGAAGCAGCUUAGUCAUGCUGGCCACAUGACCCGGAAGCUGUACGCCGGCUCCCUUGGCCUUUAAAGCGAGAUGAGCGCCUCAACCCCAGAGUCUGCCUCGACUGGACCUAAUGGUCAGGGGUCCCUUUAUCUUUACCUUUACCUUUACCUUAGAAACAGUAGCUGAGAUCAUUUGCCACAGUGUCAGAAGAAUAUGUAAUGUUCUACCAGCAGAAAUUUAGCAGAUGCCUCUUUUUUGAACCUUUAAAUGCCUGCUGAAGAAAAUUUCUUUGCUGAAAGUCUUAUGCAGGAAAUUAAGAAAACAUAUUCCCAUAAUAGUUAGUUGAUGGUCUCUGAUUUUUUAAGAAUCCAUGUUUUUAUUAAAUAUAUAUAUAUAUUAUUGUAAACUGCUUUGAUUAUUUUAUGACAUAGUGGUAUAUUUUUUAAUAAAUAAAUGUGAUAGAAGUUAUGCUGUUUGUUUGUUUGUUUGUUUUGUUUGUACUCUCUUUUAAUAUUUGUACAGAGCAGAAUGUAAGAUCAUUGCUGCUAGUUUCUAAGAUGAUCAAACUAAAAUGUUUGCCUUCUUUAUUCUCUUCUCUUUUUGUUUAGCAAUGUAUAUUUACAGGUGAAAGCAAUUUCCAACAUUGUAUGGAAAUACCAGCGUUAUCAUUUUGUUAUGGCAUAUCACGAGAAGCCUAUCCUGCCCCCUCCUCUUAUUAUUCUUAGUCAUAUGGCUUCCCUAUUCUGCUGUGUAUGCAAGCAGAGAAAGAAAGACAAAACUUCUGAUGGGCCAAGUAAGAACAAACAAAAAUAUGCAACGUUGGGUUGUUCUUUGCAUUAUGUGAAAUCCAGGGAUUGAUAGGAGCCUGGUUUAUGUGUAGGGCUUAUGCAAAAUCCCACCCCUCAGUUCACUAUCCCAUUAGUGGAUGGCAAAGUGGGAGUGGAGGCUCAACAAUUUGGGUGUGGGUGUGUGGACAGAACAUUUUGCCUUGUUUUCAGGAUUGGGGCGAACAGGAUACUUAAGAGAACUUAGGGUGACAGCACAUUUUUUUAUCUCUGCCCAACCACUGCUACAAAAAUGCUUUCAUUAUACAGUGGUACGUCGGGUUACAGACGCUUCAGGUUACAUACACUUCAGGUUACAGACUCCGGUAACCCAGAAAUAGUGCUUCAGGUUAAGAACUUCGCUUCAGGAUGAGAACAGAAAUUGUGCUCUGGCGGCGCGGCAGCAGCAGCAGGAGGCCCCAUUAGCUAAAGUGGUGCUUCAGGUUAAGAACAGUUUCAGGUUAAGAACGAACCUUCAGAACGAAUUAAGUACUUAACCCAAGGUACCACUGUAAGUGGAAUUCUUAAAAAGCUGAACAAGGACUUGCUCUCACCAUCACUGCGGACCUCUUUGAUAGUUGUGAAGGACCUUGCACAUCCAUGUCAAUCGCCUGACAAUACCAAAACAAAACCAGCUGCCCCUACAGAGGAAGAUCUUUUGCAUUUCAACUUUCAGUUCAAGCCAGCAUUGCGAAGGGACACUUGCACUUAUGGCAAGACCUUCUUCUGGGUUUGCUGUAAGUGCAGAUCCCAGCACUGCAAGUUCCUGAUGGGCAACUCUGUAGCGCAGCAGAUUUCUGCAGAGUUGCUGGCAGCACCAGUCUGCUUCUUAGCACCAACAUCAAAGCUCCCUUGCCAAGAACUAUCAGGAACAAUUUAAAGAUUCCCCAUUGUUUCCUGGUAGCUGCUUUCCCACUUGUCACACACCUGAUAUCACAUCGGGACUUGGGCCAGACCACCUGUGGCCAGACGAUCCCCAGCCUGAUUAAGAGCUUCUUUUGUGAGCAAGUAAUAGAUAUGUGGGGAAGGGGGUUUGGAAGUGGUACCUUGGUUUCCAAACUAAAUCUGUUCUGGAAGUCCAUUCUAAAACCAAAGCGUUCUAAAACCAAGGCACACUUUCCCAUAGAAAGUAAUGCAAAAUGGAUUAAUCCGUUCCAGACUUUUAAAAAGAACCCCUAAAACAGCAAUUUAACAUGAAUUUUAUUAUCUAACAAGACCAUUUCUGGGUUAAGGUUAGGGUAAGGAUUAGAAUUAGGGUUAGGGUCAGUGUUGUUUUAUGUUUUCUUGUGAUUUUGAUUCAUUUGCAGUUGAUUUGCUUUUUUCAGUUUGUUGUGUUGCUGCUUUUUCAUGAGAUUUUCAAGUUCGUUGGCUGCUCAGCUGGACAGGUGAGGGCUCCGUCACACUUUUCCAUUGAGUGGUGCAUGGCUGCGUUCACCUCGAAUAGAGAAGUUUAAAGGAGCAUCGCGUGGCAAUGCGGAGACAGCCAUCCCAGGAGCCACCAGCCACGAACCCCUCAAUGGAAAGUGUGACAGAGCCUGCACCUCCCCAGCUGAAAUCCUGCUCCUGUGCAAGCAGGAAUGGGGGCGGGGAUCUCUCAGCUGGGAAAUGGAGGCUUCGCGCUCCCCAGCUGAGCUGCCCCAAUUCAGCUCCUACGCCCAUGCAAGCAGGAGUGGGGACACUCAAAACGGAAGUGUGGCCCUGAAAAAGGAAGUGUAACACUCAAAACGGAACAGUUUGGAUUCUGAAAAAAGUUCACAAACCGGAACACCUACUUCCGGGUUUGCGGCGUUCGAUUUCCAAGUUGUUCGUUAACUAAGCUGUUCAAAAACCGAGGUACCACUGUACUUUAAAAGUACAUGAAUAGAUGUGUUAGUAACCCAACAAACAACCAUUUUUGGAGGUGCAUUAUAUUCUAGUGUACCUAAUUUGGGGAAAUGGAAAAAACCCCAGAUACAGUGGUACCUCGGGUUACAGACACUUCAGGUUACAGACUCCGCUAACCUGGAAGUAGUACCUCAGGUUGAGAACUUUACCUCAGGAUGAGAACAGAAAUUGCAGCGCAGCGGCAGCGGGAGGCCCCAUUAGCUAAAGUGGUACCUCAGGUUAAGAACAGUUUCAGGUUAAGAACAGACCUCCAGAACGAAUUAUGUUCUUAACCAGAGGUACCACUGUAUACUUACUUCCAACACUCAUGAUGUGAGGUCCUUGGCUAAGGGAAUACUCAUUUCCUUGGUUUUUCACUGUUUUUACUUCUUUUCUGCAGCGGUUCAUUAGCAAGCUUAUGAAAUGGAUUGUUUCUUUCAUUCUCUAGAACUGUUUCUAACAGAAGAAGAUCAAAAGAAGCUUCAUGAUUUUGAAGAGUUGUGUGUUGAGAUGUAUUUCAAUGAAAAAGAUGAUAAAUUCCAUUCUGGAAGUGAAGAGAGAAUUAGAGUUACUUCUGAACGGUAUGAAAUAAUAAGGAAUGACCGUUUCAACCUUGUUCUUUUCAGUUUUUUAAGGAAUGAUUGGAACAGCUAAUUGAAUAGCACAUUUUCAGUUACUUUUAAAUCAAACUCUGGUUUACAUUUAUCAUAGCAGAUGUUGACCAACUGUACAGCAGCCAGUUUUAACAUGUGGACUUUUGAUUGGCAGGGUCCAUUAUAAAAGUAUCUAAUUCCAGAGCAGUAGCCAUUUUAGUCUGUUUGCAUCAAAAGCAACACAGAGGCCACAUUUGAACACAAGCUUUCAUGGACUAGAGCAUACAUCAUCAGCACAUGAAGCAUUAUGCUCAUUUAGCAGAUCUCUGUUGCACACUUACAGUAAUCUCCCUGGUCUGGUUCACAGGUCGCUCUAAGCCAAACCAUGGGUUGGUAUAGAAUGCAUGAGCUCAGGGAGAGGAAAUCGCUUCGCUCUUCCCUGGUCAUUCUGCUCCUGAGCCAACCCAUAGUCUGGCUUAGUGUAUUGUCUGGACGUGGGCUUGUUGUUUAACUAUUCUGGGCAAACUACUGGACAAACCUUGCUGAUUAUACAAAUUGUCUUCAAGAUUGAUUCAGUGAUCUGAUCAUACCUGAUGCAGGGACACAACACAAUUUCUUGGUGGGAGUUGAUGUGGAAGGAUGUAAGACCAGAGCAGAAGACCAGACCAGUAAGGCAGAAACGCAGUAUAGAACCUUCUGUAUGGGUGGGUUGUUACCAAAGAAUCAUAGAAUUGCAGAGUUGGAAGAGACCCUGAGGGUCGUCUAGUCCAACCCCCUGUUUUAUGCUAACAGACCCGUAAUUAUUUCACAUGGCAUACUUGUGAUCUUCGUGUGUUUUGAGAAUUCCUUGCGUUCAGUGAAAAGUCUGAUUCUCCUUUUUCUCUCUCCCAAUGGUAUCUUUUCCCUUCCCCUUCCAGUGUUGAGCAAAUGUGCAUCCAAAUCAAGGAGGUUAGUGACAGAGUCAACUAUAUCAAGCGUUCAUUGCACUCUCUCGAUACACAGAUUGGCCACUUGCAAGACCUCUCUGCUCUUACGGUGGAUACUUUGAAAACAUUAACUGCCCAGAAGGCUUCAGAAGCUAGCAAGGUUCAUAAUGAAAUUACACGAGAACUGAGUAUCUCAAAGCAUUUGGCACAAAACCCCAUUGAUGACGGUCCUUUAAGAUCUUCCAUGUGGAGAAAGCACAGCAUUGGCAAUGUCUUUGGUUCUUCUUUUCCUCAAGGAGGCCUUGAGAGUAAUAAUGCUUUACUGUGCAACAUUUCUAUGCAAGAUGAAAGAGAUUCUGGACAUAAGAUGACGGGGGCCCCCAAGAGGGAUGAAUUCAACUUUCCAGAGGCAGGUUCCUCGGGCAGUGCCUUAAUUCCAAGAGCUCUAUCCCCACCAGAACUCCGUCAAAGAAUACAGGGUACAGACUCAUCAAAAUGCAUUCAAAAGAAUAAAAAGACGGGCACUUCGCUAAACAGCAUGCCACAUCUAACAUCUUCGACAGCAAAAUUUUUCGUUAGCACUCCUUCUCAGCCCAGCUGUAAAAGCCAGUUAGAAAGUACCACAAAGGACGACCAGGUUAUAGUCCUUAAGGCUGCUGAUGGAGAGAACGCUGUUGAAUUUGGUGCAUUUGUGGGUAAGUAUAACACACCAAAACCUGUACUUCCGAAAGUUGCUAUUGGUUGCCAUGACUCUACUGCUUCUUGCUCUGUUAGCUUUGCUACCACCUCCCAACCUUGUAUUGAACCUGGAGGAUGUGUUAAUCAUGGAUUUAUUUAUGAUGAAAGUUAUACUAGUGCUGAGAGCUACACAGACAAAUGGAAUCCUCAGUCCUCUUUGAAGCUGAAGAAGAAUGACGCCAAAAAUAAAUUACAGUUGGCAUCUGCUGAUGAGGUCAGACGUGACCCCAGUAAUGAUCUGAAUGGGACACUGGAUACUGAAGAACCUGCUGGAAGCAUUCCAGAAACAGCACAAAAGGGUCAUGAUUUAAGUUCCAACAGCACUGUACGUCUUCAGAAACUAUGGAUCAAAUCUAAAUCUCAAGGUUUGAUUUAUCAAAAAUUGUAUGGGAACUUCAGCGGAAUUUGGUUGCAGGUGGUGCACUUUGCUUUUAACCUCUUCACUUCUGCAAACUAUCAAAAUGUUUCUUUACUUUGUAAAUCAGCACUUAACCAUUUUGGUGUAGAUUCUGUUGUUUAUUCAAGUGGUGUUUUAACUGGAAAAAAAUUUGCAAAACGGUGGCAGAUUUUCUGUUUGUCAAAAAAAUGGGAGGAGAGGUGUGCUAACAAAAUACUUUUGAGUUCAGUUUAUUCUAGACCAGGCAUGCACAACCUGUGACCCUUCAGAUGUUUCUGGACUACAACUCCCAUCAGCCCCAGCCAACAUAGCCACUGAUCAGGGAUGAUGGGAGGUGUAGUCCAACAACAUCUGGAGGGCUGCAGGUUGUGCACCCUUGAUCUAGACCAUUUCUAAGGUAAGAGUUUUUUUGCCUCAGUGGCUCAAAGUGAGCAUGAAUGUUUUUUUAUCUUGCAACAUGAUUUGUUAUGAUAACUUUUUAAAGAUUACAUUUAAUUUAAACUUGUCAAUGUUACCAGAAAAUUCAUUUCAGACUACUCCAAAAGUGCCUUUAGGCUUGUAAAGCCAAUUUAAUUUGGUAGAUUGUGUUCAUGCCAUCCUGCUUUAUUUCUGGGACCCCUGAUGUUUGUGCAGUGGAAGCCUUUAAAUAGGAUCUUAAGCAUGUAGACUCCUGAUAUGCCCCAUUACAAUAAGCGUGUAAGCCUCUAUUCAAAUAUGAAUAGAGGCUUCAGGAAGAUCUGAGGAUGGGAUAUGCAUGUGAUUAAAAUCUUUUACUACAAGUUUGAGUAACAUCUGCCUGAGGCCCAGAUCUAUUCUGAAUGGACUUUACUUGUAAUAUUUUUAUCUAACUUUUGCUAGUGCUUUUAAGCUACCAGUACUUUUUUUCCUUUAAGCAAAUAUGUGUAAAGUCAUGAUAUAUUGAUUCCCCAUUCACGUGUUUUGAAAAUGGCUGUAAUAAUUGUAAAUGUAUGUUUUUAAUUAAAAAAAUGGGAGUGGGGAGAAGUUAGAUACAAAGGCUCAAGAUCAGGCUGUUUAUUUUUACUUCACUAACCACACAGCUGAAUAAUGGCACUUUUUUUUUUUUUUUUACUGUGGCAAAAGGUUUGGUGCCGGGGUGCCUUCUCAUUUAUAAUAUAAUCUUCAUCCUUAAUGUUCAGUCCUGUAGAAUUUUGGAGACAGAGGAGUGAUAGCCCUGUGAAGACAUUCAGCAUAUAUGUGCAGUGGAUGAUCUCUGUGAUCCCCAAGCUCCUACCUGCCACUCACUCACUCAUUGGUUUCAUCUUUGCAUAACAUUUUAUAUGUGAAAUGACAAUGUGCAUGAACCUGAAAUCAUGAUUUGUGCAUCUCAGUUCCAUGUAAUGUACAGAUUCCAUGAUUCAGGCCUAUAUGCUUUGGCCCCCAUUUAUGUAUGUUUCUAUGCAAAUAUAAUCUCGUGUAAAAAUGGCAGGCGAUGAAAGCUCUGCCCACUACACAGGCAUUCUGAAUGUUGGCAUAGGUUAAUUAUUUUGAAUGGGUGUGAUAAAGGGUGGGAAAGAGAACAGUAUAGGCCAUGUCAUUGUUGUUUUCUUACAUUUUGAGGGUGAAGUUUAUAUUUUUAAAAUCUAUUGUGUUGAACUGUGCUUUUUCUACUAAUAGCUACAUUUUGUAAAAAUACCGAUAUCCACACUGCAUGGUUCUAAAAGCAAGUAACACGCUCACGGCUUUGAAACCAGGGUAGUGGUAUGAAAUAUUUCCUCUGAAAUUGUUUCUUAUGUCAUCCCUUUUAUGUAGGAAAAGCAAUAGUUCCUCAACCUACCAUUAAAAAUGUCAACUGUCCUUCUAUGUACUUUUCUGAUCUCAGCAGUAUCUUUAAUCAAAUUUGCAUCUGUUUGGUGCUUCCCCUCUAAAAUCUGCCGUUUUAUUUCUUUUCAUAUAAUGGUGUCGCCAAAGGUCACAGGGACAGCAUGGAAUUGCAACGAUUUAAAGAGACUGUGGCUAAGAGCAAAGAAAAAAGUGAUGAUAUUGAGGUAAGAGGGAGAUUGCGACUUGAGCAACAGCCCAAGCCAGGGUGAGAAACAUUUUUUCAGCCAAGGGCCUCAUUUCCUCACAGGCAACCUUAUCAGGGCCACAUGUCAGUGGUGGGUGUGGCAAAAGUGUGUCUGGCUAGACACACAGCAUCCAGGCAAGCGAGAAGUACUUGUCAUAUCCCAAGGGCACAUUCCAGCCUGGUGAAAUAACUAGAGGGAGGCACAGAUCAGGGCUAAGUGAGCUGUAUGGCUUGGGAGGAGGGGAGAAUGAUCUGGGCCGUGUCCUGAGGUCCUAGUCCUAAGCGGAUACAGGGAGUUCACUUAAACUCAAAUCUCAAAUACAUGUGCAUUCACUCAUGUUACAGGAUGGUUUUCAGUGGUGUUAACUAAGCAGCAGGCGCCUGUUCUACUUUGUCAUUGUAAGUUUGAGCUGCUAGCUGAGUAGUCCCAGGUUCAAAGACUUAGGUGGUGGGGCAAUUAUAUCUCAGAGGUAGUGUAUAUAUCCUGUGCAGAGAAGGCCUCAGGGUCUGAUCCUGUCACCACCAGUUAAAGGAAUCAAGACUGCCUGAGUAGUUAGGGCUGGGUUAAAUGGAUAUCCCUGAGUAGUCAGGGAUGGGUUAGAUCUGGGGAAAGGCAGCUUCCUAUGCUUCAGGUUGCUAGGAAGCACAGCAUUUUGGAGAGCAUCAGUGAUACCUCGGGUUACAGACGCUUUGGGCUACAUGAUUUCGGGUUGCACACCGCGCCGAACCUGGAAGUACUGGAACAGGUUACUUUCAGGUUUCAGCACAUGCGCAGAAGCACUAAAUCGUGCUUUGCGCAUGCGCAGAAGCGCCAAACUGCAACCUGUGUGCGCGCAGACGUGGCGCUGCGGGCGCUGUGGGUUGCGAACAUGCUUCCCACACUGAUCACGUUCGCAACCUGAGCAUCCACUGUACUCAGUUUUAACUUCAUGAUAGAUCUGGCCCAGACAGCAUGGUGCAAUCACAGUGUGUACCCAGAACUCCUAUUGUCCUCCCCUGUUCUCUGAAGUCUUAUAGCACAAUGAGCUUGAAUGUUUGCUGUAAGCUGCUUUGGGCACAGAUCAUUGUGGGAAAGUGGCAUAUAAGUUAACUCAAGCAAACAUGGCAGUGUGCAGGAAUUUUUGACUCGUGUGAGCAUGCAUGCACAUCAGAACACAAAUAUGAAAUUUUAGACCAGGACUAAAACCUGCAGGUGCCAGCUUUGAAGUGUUUCAGCUUUGAAGUAAGAGCUCUGAAAUAACACUUGUAGGAAAAUGGUCUCCCCAAACCCCAAUUUCUUGUUUCUGGCCCAGAUUUUAUGAAAAGUUUAAGACUUAUUAAAGCCACUUCACUACUAACCUAAGUUUAAAAAGUAAUUUAUUGAUACCUUCUACAGGAGCAACAGGAAGAUUUCAAAAAAGCAAUUUUGGAAGGCAUCGAGACAACAAAGCAACAGGUAUAACUUUUUCAUUUGUAUUCCAUCUCUUCAUUGUUGCAUCAAAUAGCCAGUAACAUCUGAAUAUUCCUUCAAAAAGCAAGUGUGUCACUUCUUAAGUACUGUAUAGCAACUUUCAAGUGGUGACACAAAUAAGAUUCUUUGAGUAGAGUUGUGAAUUAUAACAUUGUUAUUUGUUGAAUACACAGGGUGGUAGUAAUGCAGAAGGCAACCUGAGGCCUGUCAGUUCAUGUGGUGGUUUUACCGACUACCAUAGAAGCUCAUUAGCAGCACUAUCAGAGCAAAGUAAGUAAACACAUUAGUUUCUGAUCUCUGAAUUUUCUGAACUAAUACUAAUAUACAACAUUUUUCUCCUUUGUGCCAUUUUCAGUAUUUUAAAAACUGCUUUAUUUUACAAAAUGCAGCCAUUGUGGCUAAAAUUGACUGAGGGAACUGGCAUUGGAGAGAGAGGGGCUUCUUGGUUCUUUCUUUCUCAUUUCUUUCCCUACUGAAAAUUGUCCUCCUACUGACUUUAUCCCUGCUGGCUAAAAGCUGCCGCUGCUCAUGUCUUUUCCUGCGACUGCAGCUUGGUGAGAGUGAGUCUUGGUGGGGAAAAGAACAGGCGUGAGUGGUUGAAGCCUUAUUACCCAGCCGUCAGUGCCUACUUCAGAUUGCAGCCUCAGUGAUUGCAUUCUGUAAACAAGCCAUUCCUAAAAAUAAUUGUGGAAUUACAUAAAUGCAUAGUUGCUCCAUCAUCAGUCAAUUAAACUUUGAUUGAUUGGGGAGCAAUGUGAACUGGCAAUACUGAGAGGUGAGAGUGGCACCCAUCUUUGCUAUUUAAAAAACUUGUCUUCCUUCUAACAGUAGCUUUUGACUGAUAUCCAGACAGCUUCUUUGAGUAUGUUAAAGGUUUUAAUGUCCAUGGCAGAUUUUUUUUUUUUUAAAUUGUGCAACACAUAAACUUACGAUUCUGUGCCCCAAACAAACCUUUGAAGGUCCUUUAAUGUGCGUGGGUGGUGCUGUGGGUUAAACCACAGAGCCUAGGACUUGCUGAUCAGAAGGUCGGUGAUUUGAAUCCCCACAACAGGGUGAGCUCCCGUUGCUCGGUCCCUGCUCCUGCCAACCUAGCAGCUCGAAAGCACGUCAGCGUGCAAGUAGAUAAAUAGGUACCACUCCGGCGGGAAGGUAAACGGUGUUUCCGUGCGCUGCCCUGGUUCGCCAGAAGCGGCUUAGUCAUGCUGGCCACAUGACCCGGAAGCUGUACGCCGGCUCCCUCGACCAGUAAAGCAAGAUGAGUGCCACAACCCCAGAGUCGGUCAUGACUGGACCUAAUGGUUGGGGUCCCUUUACCUUAGUUUCAAAUGAGUUUUGCCGUGUGCCCAAUAUGUGUGUCUGAAGCAUAGUUUUGUGAUUCUUUGUAUCCAAGCCCAUGUAUGUGUAUGGAAGCAAGUGUAUCUUGCUUUGCCUGCAGGAUCUUAAAGACACAUAUGUUGAAGAAUUGGUAGUAUUUGUUGACAUGUCAAAAGGUGGCCGUUCUAAUUGCAAAAUCAUUUUCCAGUGCACAAGAGCAGAAGACCAUCGGUUGAGGAGCCUCAUCAGGCAGAUUCCAAGGCGGCCUUACUCACAGUGAGUAAAACAUAAUAACAAUCCAUACAAUGUUUCCCCAGGGUGUCUAUGGAAAGAACCCAGGAAAUACAAAAAUUGAAUCAUGGUAACAAUUGAUUGAAAGCAGUUACAAGGCAACACAGUUCACUGUCCAUCACAAUUUAGUGUGACCUGCUAUGGUAGUACACGUAACUCGCAACUUAUGUGCAUUUAACUUGUGCACAUUCAGCUUUAAAUACUGGGCAGCUAAAAAAAAUAGAAAUAGAAGGGGACAGGCAUUCAGGGAAAGGAGUCUUUGGAAACCGCACCGGCCAUUGAACCCAAUGUGUUUUGACUAUACACAAUUUUGACUUUACACCCUAUAAUCUCCACGUAAGUUGAGAGUUGCCUGUAGCCUCCAAAUCGGCAGUUUUUUCUUCUCUUGAAAUGUGCUGGGCAAAUUUGUCCUCUCUAGCUCUCAUGCUUAAGAGUAGGGGUUGGAGGUCGACAAGAGCGAAUUGUAAUAGGUCUUCAAGGAGAAAAGAAUGGACUAUGUCCAUAUGGCAUUUGCUUGCACCUUCACACCACCUUUUUGAGUGCUGGCGGAAUGUUCAUGCCAUUUCUGCCUGCACAGCUAAUAGAGCCUGUUCAAGUAAGCAAUUUACAUCACCAAAAUAGCUCAAGGUAAGGCAGGUAACCUGUCAGGCUAUGGCUGCAUGUGCUACAUAGCUGCAAUCCUAGUCUCUUCAUCCAGGCACUUUGGCUGAACAGAUUGUACAAUUUCUUUUGACCAGCAGACUUAGCAAUGCUUCAGAAGCAUAUUGAGGCUGAAAACAUCUUCACAAUUAAAUUUUUUUGAGGGAGCCUUGUAGUGCUCUUACAAACGUGUGAUACAUUGCUUCUAAAACCAUCAAUUAAGUUAUGUACGAAAUAGGUGCAUCUCUCUCUUUUUUCUUGCAGGAUUGGUUACAAGGUCGACAGUCGUAUAGCAAUCAAAUGUAAGUAAAGUCUAAAUGGCAAUACUCAGAACUGUCCAGGUAUCUCCAAACUCCCCAGGAGUUGGGGACGCAUUGAGUGAGCUGCAGUUUUCUCCCUGUGUGCCAACACACUGCACAUUCACUUUUAAGCCUAUCUGAUUGCUGCUGGGCAGUUAGACCACAGGAGGAGUCAUCUAAUCUAUCUGCCCACCCAUUCCUAAGCAACCCUGAUGACCUGGGCAUUUAUCUUGUUGUGGUUGUUCUUGAAGGGGGAUAAUUGAACCUGAUGUAGCCAGUUUGAAACACCUGGCUCGUAGCCUCAUUAAAGAGCACCGCUGCAGCACCCAUCGCCUUCACAGUAGUUUUAAGUCUUCAGAGUUGUUUUCUCUCCCCUACACCAGUGUGGUGUAGUGGUUAAGAGUGGUGGACUCGUAAUCUGGUGAACCCGGUUCGCAUCCCCCUCCUCCACAUGCAGCUGCUGGGUGACCUUGGGCCAGUCACACGUCUCUGAAGUCUCUCAGCCCCACUCACCUCACAGAGUGUUUGUUGUGGGGGAGGAAGGGAAAGGAGAAUGUUAGCCGCUUUGAGACUCCUUUGGGUAGUGAUAAAGCGGGAUAUCAAAUCCAAACUCUUCUUCUUCUUCUUCUUCUUCUUCUUCUUCUUCUUCUUCUUCUUCUUCUUCUUCUUCUUCUUCUUCUUCCCCUGCUCUGUUUGCUGUUCAUUUGUUUUGGAAGGCAUAGAGGUUGCAGUAUUUGGUCUGAUGGGUGAUUGGGCUUAGGGUAUUACAAGCAGAGCAAAGUGACCAGAGCAAUGAAGUUUAGUAGUAAAAAAACCCCAAGAAGUACACACAGAAUUCGGGUUGAGUGCAAUUUCUGUCUCUUGCAGGUCUUCUGAGGAAGAUGCACUGAAUGGUAAGCUGCUGAUAACUUCGGUAUUGCCAUAAAUUUAACAUGUUGCGGGAAACUAUUUAAUGCAUGGUUGCAAAAGAUGAUGUUGAUGGAGGUUUUAGUGCCAACAGCCCUUAUUUAUGGUUGUAAUCAUUACAUGACUCAUUUAGGGAAACCCCUUUGGUGCUUGUGCUCUUCUCCAGUCUUUGAGCAUCUCAUCAUAAUUUUCCUAAUCUAAAAUACCCCUUGGUGGGAAGAAUCACCAUACAUGAUCAAGUCUUGCCUGUGAGCCUAGAGUGCUUUUUGUGCUUUGUCAUUACCCUUUUUAAAAAAAAAACAGGAUGCAUUAAAUCACGAGUUUUAUGUAAAAAUAUAACACUGCCUUCCUUUUUUUCAAAGGAAUUGCCUCUCCUUUUAAACCCAUCAUGGAUACCACCUACUACUAUUCAGGUAAGUGUCCAAAACUAGGUCGCAAAAUAAUAAAAAGUAGAAGCAUCAUCUUCUUCAAUGAAUUUCUCUGUCUUUUCAGCUGUUGAAAGAAAUAAUUUGAUGAGGUUAUCGCAAAGCAUACCGUUCACUCCUGUACCUCCAAGAGGUAGGAAAACUUAUUGUAGCCUCUGGAAUAUUUUCAGAUUUUAAUAAUAUUAUUCCUUAAUCGUCAAGCUUAAGAGUGAUAAAUCUGUUUUUCACAGCACAGGAAAAUAGACAAUAGUUCACCAUCAAAAUUCUGGGAAUAGAUUGGGGAAACGUAUACUGAAGCUGACUCUUAAAAAGCUAGAGUCCCAAGCCUUUGUUGCUAGUUUUUAGCAGUAGUAGUAAAUGGAGAAAGGUCUCCAAUCAACACAGAGGAUUCUGUUGUAUCAAAAGCUUAAUAAUUGGUUAGAUAAUUGAUUAUGCAAAAGUGUGGCUAUAUCUUCUCUCCAUCGUCCGAAAAAGGUGUUCACCAGUACAGUAUAAAUAGACAUUAAGUCAACGUUACCCCAGGCUUAACUGCAUUUCACUUCUUUGUGCUAUGACGUUUCAGGCGAACCAGUUACUGUGUAUCGUCUUGAAGAAAGCUCUCCCAACAUCUUGAACAACAGCAUGUCUUCCUGGUCUCAGUUGGGUCUCUGUGCCAAAAUAGAAUUCCUAAGCAAGGAGGAGAUGGGAGGAGGCUUGCGACGAGCCCUCAAGGUGGCCUGCACCUGGUCCGAGUACGAUAUUCUGAAAUCAGGCCACCUUUAUAUCAUCAAAUCUUUUCUUCCGGAAGUUGUCAAUACUUGGUCAAGCAUUUACAAAGAAGACACAGUGUUACAUCUCUGUUUAAGAGUAAGUUGUUGUUCUUGCUCAUAUAGUACGUAUCCACCAGAAGCUUAAACAUGUUUAGCAGUUGGAUACUGUUGGGACAAACAAGAUAUAUCCCUUCUUUCCUUCACUGUCCUCCAUUGACAACACUGCCAUCUACCCUCUUGCGCAACUUUUGGUCUUUGGCUUUCUUUUUUACUCCUCACUCCAUCUCUCUUACUCUGCAUAUUCAGUUCAUUGCCAGUUAUGUUGCUUCUCCCUUUAAAAAUUUAGAAAAAUACAUUGGUCACAUCAGCAAAACUUCUGGUCAUCUGUCACUACAACAAUCUGCUCUCUAGUUUUCCAUUCACGCCUUCAUCACCUCACUUCUUCCCAGCACUCUGCUGCCAAAACCAUCCCAUCUUUUUAUCACUCCUAACCAUAUGGCACCCUUCCAUAAAUCCUUACGCUCAUCCAUAGCCUUGUCACCUCAUCUCUUGCUUUUAUAUUCCAACGCAUCCCUGCAUACGGCCUUCACUGUCCAAAGGUUGCUGUCCAGAGAUUUUCUGCUCACUCCAACAGCUUUGUCCUUUAUCCCAGUCUGCCCCUUAUACAUGGGGCUGCAUCCCAGAAUACUUCCACGAUGCCACCUCUCUUCUUUCAAAACCCUCCUCCAAAUUCACAUUUUUCUGUUACGUCUUUAACACUGUCCCUAGUCUCUAUAUCCCAAUGUCACUAAGCCUGACUAUGAAUAACUGCAAAAAUUACAUUUGCUUCACGGUUUUCCCUGCUUCCGUUUGCCUCCUUCUUUCUCCUUUGUAUUGAUUUCUAAAUGUAAGGGACCUGUGCUCUCAUUCUUUGAAAAGCACUGUGUACUUUCAUCGUACUGUAUAAAACAAUAAUGGACCACAAAGGUAGAAAUUUUCUGCCUAUUGUCUUCACUACUUCGUAUGAAUAUAACAACACAAAAAUGUACCGUAUUUUUCCAUGUAUAAGACUAGGUUUUUUCCCUUAAAAAUCAUGUCAAAAAUUUGAGGGGGUGGGUGUCUUAUACAUGGAUAGCAAAAUACACAAUUUUUUCUUAAAUUGGAGAUCCCCAAAACAGGGGGCGUCUUAUAGACAGAAAAAUACGGAAAUUAGAAGAAAAAAAUCGUAAUACAGUUCCUUGUGUUUCUUCUCCACGCUAGAAGUUUAUCUUGAGUAAAGUCUUUGGUGUGUGUGUUUUUUAAAUCCAUAGGAAAUUCAGCAACAGAGGGCUGCUCAGAAACUCACGUUUGCAUUCAAUCAGAUGAAGCCAAAAUCUAUUCCCUAUUCUCCCAGGUAGGCAUUAUUACAUCUUCAAAUGUAAGGUGAACAAAAAGGAAUUUCCACACCAGAGUGCGAGGCUAAUGAAUCAGUUGUUCACACAGUGCUCUCAUUCCUAUGUGUUUUCUUACAAGGUUCUUGGAAGCGUUCCUCUUAUAUUGUCACUCAGCUGGCCAGUGGUUUGCAGUUGAGGAGUGCAUGACAGGAGAAUUCAGAAAGUACAACAACAACAAUGGGGAUGAAAUAAUUCCAACCAACAUGCUAGAGGAGGUCAUGUUAGCCUUCAGCCACUGGACAUACGAAUAUACUCGAGGAGAGCUGUUGGUCCUUGACCUGCAAGGUAAAUGGAUGUGUGUGUGGAUGUGACACAGAGGUGUAUGCUGUAGUAAUUGCACCGGAAGCUUGUGACUUGCACAAUAUGGAUCGUCAUCAAAUUUCAUUGUUGCCACAAGAAAAGACACUCAUAAUUGCAUGUCUCUCUUCAAUCUCCUGUAACCGACUCCACUUACCAUUUUCUCUCCUGCAUUUAGAAUACCUUGUUCUUCUUGGGGUGGGGGGGACAUUCUGUAAACAGUAUGAUGAUGAUGUAUUAUUAAUUUACUCACUCACUCACUCACCUUUCACCCUAAGGCCAAGGAUAGGUUUCAGCACUUUAAAAUACAACAUUAAAAGCAGAUUAAAACAAAUUACAAUCACAGAAGUAGGAUGAGUACUAAAACCACACAUCUCAGAUGUAAAAGGCCGGGGUAAAGAGGUAUGUCUUCAGUAUUCACCAAAAACUGUACAGUGAAAGUACAGACAUAGCUCUGUAGGGAGGGACUUAGGGACUGCCACAGAGAAUGCCAUCUCCUGGAUCACCCCUCCCCCCCCCAGAUGGUCACCUGUGCUGUUCUUAAGAUGCAAGAGGGUCUGUCGGGAUGGAUGCAGUCUUUCAGAUACAGGCAUCCCCCCACUUAACGCACAAUUGAUUUGCAUGUGACUGUGUAUGCAUGCAGCGUUUGGAAAUAGAUAGAUAGAUAGAUAGAUAGAUAGAUAGAUAGAUAGAUAGAUAGAUUCAGACCAGGAAAUGUUGGGAGAGAGGUGGCAAGUCCUUGUGGCUCGUGAGGAGACCCUUCCCGGAGCCUGAAGAGGACUUCAGUGAGGGAGGAGAAAGCCCCAAAGAGACUAGAGGUUCAGCGAUGCUUUGUUUAGGCUGCCCAGCCUGCCCGCCUAACAGCUGAUGCAUGCAGUCGCACAACAGCAGCACCAGCUGCGUUUCUGCACAUCCUCCAGCUAUCCCCAGAACUUCAACUCUAGUUGAAGAGAGAGUUGUCUGCAGAGAGAGCUGGACAGCAGGGAAAAAUGGCUUUUUAGAGGGUGCUCCCCACUUACACAAUUUUUACUUAUGCACAGGGCGCAAAAUGUAACCCCCGUGUAAGUAGGGGGGCACCUGUAUUUCAGCUGUUCAGAUUGUUCAUCUGCUAUAAUUUCUCUUUUUACGUUAAAAUUACUCUUGUGGUACUUGUGUUACUUGCGCUACUUAGCUAACUUCCUUUGCUUCUUGUGAAGGUGUUGGAGAAAAUUUGACAGAUCCUUCUGUGAUAAAAGCUGAAGAAAAAAGGUAAGCAGUACAAAAUUCCCUUUUCUUAUGGCAUUGGCGCAGGAAGGAGGGGGCCACAUGUGGCAAGAGUGGAGGGCUGCCCUUCUGCUUUAGGUGUACCAAUUAACCUAAGGACAGAUUUAUGAUGAAACUUUAAGUUAGCUUACUGCCGUGAUUUUUAAGGACACCAUCAGCAGCAAACUUUCUGGUGGGAAUUGCCAGUGUGACACUUUGGGAGAGCAUUCCUAUCUUACCUGCAUAAUUUCUUUCCCAUCACCGACACAAAGGAUUGUAUUCAGUGCUAGUCUUAUUCAGAAUAGAACCAUUGAAAUAAUGAACCUAAGGUUUGCCAAUGUUCACCAAUGUCAGUGGAUCUACUUUGAGUAGGACCAACAGUGGAUACAACCCAAAACCUCCCCCGUAUCUAGCCAGGGGGUGAAGACCACACACACAAAAAAUCAUGUUUGGCUGUAGGUAUUUCUUAAUGUGCGCUUUCUUUUAAAGGUCAAAUGAUAUGGUAUUUGGUCCUGCAAAUCUGGGAGAAGAUGCCAUCAAAAAUUUCAGAGCUAAGCACCACUGCAACUCAUGCUGCAGGAAACUUAAGCUUCCAGGUAAAUAGCAGCCCCCGAUUUAUGAAAGAGAACUUCUCUCUUGUAGCUUCUACUUAUGAUAAAUUGAAUUUUACAUUGAUAUGGGGGUCAGGCAUUCUCUCCACACAAAAUGGAUGAAUUGAUGGAACCAAGCUGAGCUUCAUUGAUCAGUUGGACCUCAUUGGAUUGCUCUUGGAACCUCACGAGGAAACACUUAUUUUUCUCUCCCAAAAGAAAAUCUGCCCCUAAAACUAAUUCUUUCACCUUUUCAGCGGGCCUGAACUCAAUACCUAUAACAAAUGCCCUAAAUAUAUUGUUGCAAGGAAGAGAAAAUAUGGCUUUAUUGACCCUUGGGGGGGGGGACAAGGACCCCUAAUGCCCUGUCAGAUAGAAGCCUCUGUAUGCAUCUCAGUGGCUUUUAUAAAUUGUGUGAAUGAUCAACUCCAAGAACCCAAUUUCCUUUCCAUGGAUCUGACGAGCCCUAAAAAAUUGUGAUAGGUAAUCAGGCACAAAUUGUCCUGAAUUACCAACCUAGGCCUAAAGUCACUUGAUAGAUAUCAUAUGCAAGUUGUGCCACACCCAGAGGCCAUAGUGCAGGCUGAACCAGAGCAGAGCAAUUUAUAAUUCAAAUAUUUAUUUUCUUGAAAAAGUUUUGGUACUUGGCAAAGUGACUAAUACAGGUCUUUUGAAGGAAGAGAGGAACAAACCACACAUCAGCAAGGGCUUCUUUUCUGCCACUAUAUUAUUAUUAUUAUUACUAUUAUUAAUAUUUAUUAAGAGGGAUUGCCUUGGAAGUGUGUUUACAAAGGGACCGUUCUUCUCCCCUUUUUCUUUCAGCAAUGCUGAAGCCUAUAAACUCUGCUAGAGCAACAGUUCCCCAACCUGGUGCCCUCCUGUUACAUUGGACUGCAGUUCUCAUCAGUCCCAACCAGCAUAUCUGUGUUGGCCAGGACUGAUGGGAAUUGGAGUCUAAAACAUUUGGAGUACACCAGAUUGGGAAAGCUGCUGUAGACACUUGACCUUCUCUACAGCCUGGAUAGCUCAGCUGGUCAGAGAUGGUGCUGAUAAUGCCAAAGUUGCAGGUUUGAUCCCUGUAUGGGACAGCUGCAAAUUCCUGCAUUGCAGAGCGAUGGACUAGAUGAUCCUCAGGGUCCCUUCCAACUUUACAGUUUACUAUGAUUCUGCCUGUUGGGAAAUCUGACUGUGGCCCAGCCAUGCACAAGAUGGCCAGCAUCAUAAGGCCAAAUCUGUCUGUGAGACAACCUGCCCGCACAUCCUUUGAUAUCAGACACCUUGCCUCCACCACCCAAUAAUGCCCACUGGACAACUGUGGGCCAGUCUUCAAAGCUCAGAGUUUUGCACUGGGAAGAACCUUGCCUGCAUAGUUCUGGCAAGACAUAAAUUCGCCUUCUCUCCUUCUUUUAGAGAGGAGCUCCAAUUUGAAUCAGAAGUUGGUCUGCUAAUUUGUAUAUUCUCUCUCCCUCUCCCUCUCCCCCUCUUCAACCCAACUGUAUCUGUGGGAUUUCGGGUGGUUGUUGUUUCCCCAUAGACUUGAAGAGAAACGACUACACACCUGAUAAAAUCCUACUGCCUCAAGAUGAUUCUCCAGAACUGACCAUUCGGCCUGGGAGCUGCACCAAAGAAUCGGACUCUGCCAGUUCCAGUCACCUCAUGCUGUAAAGAUACGCACAGCUCUCUGGCUCUAACCAAACCCUCGCAGAAGUCAUGGGGUUCGUUUGCCCUUCAUCAAAACAAAGGCCGCAUGAAAAAGGACCAAACUGUUUUGAUGGCGCUGGUACAGUUAACUGUCCACCGUUGAGUGGCCUAGCAUAAUGUGGGAAUCACCUCUGAAGGAGUAGCUGGCAGCUGCUGUUUUUUUUUUUUUUUUAAAAAAGGUUGAAUGAAAUUAAGUAUUUAUGAAAUAGCUUUUUAAAGAGGCGUUUUAGCAGAAGGAUAACUUAACAUUUUACCUUGGUCCAUGAGAGGGGGCCUUUCCUCCCCUUCAUCCUGUAGUGCAAUAUGCCCUUGACCAAAUGAUGUUUUUCUUUUUUUGCUGAUGGUUUUUAAGGCAGAUGGUUUGGGGGCUUUGUGGCAGCUGGUUUCUGUCAUCUGGCUAGAGAAACAGGAGGGAGCACACCCCCCCCACCUUCCCACAGACACCGAAGGAUUCUUUUGACACUUCUCAGGGUGUCUCAGAUAAUUGCUCUCUCUGCUCAGUGCCAUGUAUGUUUUAUGUGGCUCAAUGGAACAAGGCUGCUCCUAAGGAUCUGUCCAUAUUUAGUUAAUGCCAGUAAGCUGAGCUGCAGGGAGCGGGAACGCCUGGUUCCAAACAAGAAGUGAUGGCUUGUCUCCUGCAUCAGGAUUCAUCCUCAAGUGUGGAGCCAGUUCUCUUGGGAUGGAUGGGAUGGAUUGCACAUAGUGAAAUCCCUCCCCCUCCUGUGUCGUUUUUUGUUUUUUUUAACGAUACAUUUCAGUUUUAUCUAAUCACUGUCCAAUAGUAGUAAGGUCGCAAGACAAGUCUGAUCACAUUUGUAUAACAGAACAAAACAGCUGGUCUUGGGUAAGACGCUGCCUUGUAAAAUGAGCAGGUGCGUUAGGGAAGUUGCUAUUACUUGUUACAUAUAAUGGCCGCUUCAGAUGUGUUGCCUUCCAAAGAUCUCCUAAAAGCAGUAAAAGAAAGCUGAAUGUAUGCGUGAGCCCAUGGGGGCCUCUUCUGAUGUUAUCACAGCAGUGUUGGAGCUGCUACAGUCUGGUACUUUCUCACACCAUUUGGGUAACUUUGGAAGCCCUGGGCCAUGGGGCAAGAGUCCUUGUUGGGCUGCUCAUCUUGCCAGCGCUGCCACGGUUUCCGGUGGGAGCAACGCGGGCGUAGAAGUGAGCUGCAGAGUGGACUUGUCCCCUGGGACCAGUGCUUUCCAACCUCAGCUUUUGCGGUGCUGUAAGGACCAGGCCUGUUGUGGGCUCCACACCACCGCAGGGACGUAAGGAGCAGUCCCUUAGUUGUAUUUAAUAUUGUGUGAAGACACCUUUUAAUGUAAUAUUAUAUAUGGUACUUAUUUAAAAGAAAAGGAAAUAGGAUGAAUUUACAUUAUGUAAUGUGUGGGAGAUUGCAAUGCAAACUUUAUGCCAAUAAAAUGUCAUUUUCCUGUCCCAAAUUUGUUGAAUAUUCAACAAGAAGAACCUGUCGUCCAACUGAAUUUUCAUGCUGCAACUUUUGUUUGUUUGUUACAUAGGUACUAAUUGUAAAUUUUAAUUGAACAGCAUCAUAACGCCCAGUAAUUAUUCUUUUUUAAAAUUCUGUAGUGUAUCUUAUAGAUACAGACAUUAAGGCACGAACACAAUAGCUGUUUAAAUGGUGGUUUAUGUUGCUGGGGGAGGAAAGGUAUAGCGUAUUAAAGAUAAAAAACUGUAUACAUUUUGUAUAUCAAUAAAUCUUUAAACAAUCCCAAAUAAAUUUAUUCUUGUUUAGACUGGU